GGAAAACAACAAGCGCGGGGUUUCCUAGAAGGGGCCCGGGCCGCUCUUUCCCCCAGCGUCCUCCUUCUCUUGGAGCGCACCGUCUCGUCUCCUCCGCGCGGCGCAUGCCGGGAUGGCGCGCUCCGCCCGCAGUGCCCCCUGCCGGCCUCCUUCGCUCCUCCCCUCUCUCUGUCCCCCCUCCCUUCUCCUUCUCCAUCCAUCCUCUCAGGUUCCAAGAUGGCGGCGGCGGCGGCGGCGGCUCCCCCAUCCCCUCCUCCUCCGCCUCCUCCUCCCCCUGCCGCCGCGCCGACGGAGGGCCCGUCCUGCCCCGGCUCGUGGCCCAACUUCGCCGUCGUGUGCUCCUUCCUGGAGAGAUACGGAGCCCUCCUCGACUUGCCCGAGCUGCCCUUCCCGGAGCUGGAGCGGGUCCUGCAGGCGCCGCAGGAGCCCGGCGAGCAGGGUGAGGGCCUCCCCUUUCUCCUCAGGGCCGCGCCGCGGGGGGGGGGGGGAGCGCUCGCAGGGAACCUCGGUGGGGGCGGGGCUUCGGGUCCCUGUCCCCCCCCCUCAACAAACUGCCCCGGGAGGCCUUUAUUUUCCGCCCCCUCCCCUUCCACCACAAAGCAGGGCCCGACCCCGUCCAUCCCCACAACAGGGGGAGGCUUCUCCCUUUCCUUAGGGAGGGGGCGGCCCCCUAUCUUGGGGGGGAGAGGCGGCAUCUCUCUUCUCCAUUAACCCCCCCUCCUAUUCCUAAUCAGGCCCCUCCCACUCGCAAUGGGAAUCUCCCUCUCCUCCUCCCCCAAUUUGGGAUGUUAUUUGGAGGGGAAGGGGGGUAGGAGGGAUACGGCCCCCCCACCCCAGUUCCCAGGUUUUGCGUCAUGUGUGUGUUUGCGGGGGGCGGCGGCCGCCCUUCUUAUUCCUGCCCCUUCUCUUUCCUCACCUCGCGCGAGAGUCGUUUGUGCAGCGCCGUGCAUAAGCAGAAGCAAAAAAAAAAGAAAGAAAGAAAGAAAGGGAGGUCUCUGCCCGCGAGGGGCUUGCAGUUAAGAUUCAUGCAGAGGGAAUGUGGGGCGGGAUGGAGGAGAGGGGGCUGGGUGGGAUGGAAGGGGGUGGGACGGUGAGGAAAUGAAAAAGAGGGGGGCGUUAUUGGAUUUAAUCUUGUUUUUGUUACCUUUUUUAUCUCGUAUUUUUAUGUUGCCCAGAGAUCUGCAGGUGAAGGGCGGUAUACAUAGUAGUGGUAGUAGUAGUGAUACUAUGUGUGUGCAUGAGUGAUGUGGGAUAGGGUUCGUUUGGUUUGGGAAAAGAGAAUAAAGGCCAAUUUUCCUUUGGAUCUGGGAAGUGUGUUGUCUGAUCUUAAAGGGAGCCUUGCAUGUUCUGUGCUGACCCUAGAUAAUUUGCAGAAUAACCUCUGAAUAGCUUGAUAGUGACAAGCCUAGGGACAAACUAGUCCUGAAAUGGAAGUCACACAUCACUACGGGUGAAGCUGCCCAGGAGAACUUAUUGUGUGUUAAGUGAGAGAGAAAAAUGACCAAUACAGGAAGGGGCAAGUCUUUCAAACGGAGAGGUGUUUUCAGAGAGAUACUGGAUGUGGCAUGUGGGGAACUGUGGCUCCCCCCCACUCCAUUUCCUGUCCUCAAUAUUUCUUCCUGAUUUCUUUGCCAUCAGCUCCACCCUUUAUCAGCCAGCCUUCAGUGGUCUACUAAAAAGUCUUGCUGGCUAGUAAGUUUGUGGACUUGUUUAUAGGCUGAUUUGCAGGGCACUGCUAUUCUCAGCCAAGAUUUUGCAGAUAUGUUCUGCAAGAUUGAAAAUUCUUAGUGGCCAGUUUCUUUGUCGAUAGUGCUUUUGGAAUGGGUAAUCAAAACAAUUCAAAUCUUAAAGCAGCUCUUUUUCCCCCCUGAAUAAGUUGUCUGGCACACAGAUCUAAUUUCCAGUAGCAGUGUAAAUAGCUUUUCAUUGCUUCUAUAGUCUUCAUUACUAGUAUUUUCUUAUGUGGUUAUGUAUAUUUUUAAAAUGUUAGUUUAAACAGUGAACACAAAAUGGGUUUACAUGAUGGGCUGUGUAUGUGUUGUCCAUUAGAUUUCUAUUUAGUAGCUGAUUUUUUUGAAAAUUGUACAUGCAGUUUUGUGUUAAUUGUAUAGCAUCUUUGCUGUUUACCUGAACCUUUAUUUUGGAAAGGGUCCUAUUUUCUUUCUCUUCUUCCAUUUGCACUUUGUUGUGGAGUUAAAAGUAUUGUUUAUUCCAUUUUGCUUUGAAACAUUUUUGUCAGGUGUCAGGAACAAAUGACUAUGUUACCCUGCUGUCUCUGUCCAAGUGGACACAAGUGAUUUUUCUCCGGUAUGCUAAUGAUGUAUUUACAGUACAGACUUUCAUUGAUUUAAUAGUCCACUCCUUCCUCUAGAGAAUUCUGCAAAUUGUAGUUUUGUGAGAGAGGCUAGAGUAGACAGACAUGUGUAAUACAGAACUAUGAGUACCUCACCAAACUACAGUUCCCAGGACUCUUUGGAGGAAGUCAUUGCAGUUAUAUAAAGAAAUAUUAACUUGUCACUCAGGCUGCAGCCUUAUGCACACUUCUAAAAAAGUCCUAUGGGAAUAUGUUGGACUGAGUUCAUCUAAAUGCUGAUGGGACUAUAUAUAACCUUCUUGCAGGCAUUUUUGUGACAAUAUCAUGUCAUUUAUUCAUUCCUUUAUACAAAAAAUUCUAAAAAAGAAUAAGGCUAUAAAAUUUUGUGGUUGUAUUAGCAUGUUAAACUGAACUCAGUUUUACUUUCGGGAGUAGAAGUGCUAUCUAUAUUCUGUCUUCCAGUGGUGCGCCAAAAUCUGAAGUGGAAUAUCUUUCAAGAAGCAUAGUGGGAUCUUCAUUUAGUGAAGGGUUAGGGUGCUGGAAGGGAUUACGUUCUAGAAUGGGACCUAGGUGCUUUCCAGUUCAAAUCUCAUUUUAACAAUGAACUCUUAAGUAGAUGUCCACUCGGAGCUUUCAUUUAGAGAUUUCAGCCUAUCUAAUCUGAAAGUAUGCAGUUUAGUCUAGUUUAUUGCCCUUUACGGAAUUAGAAAUGGAUUGAUUAUUCUGUAAUGAAAAGCAGGUUGCUUCUAUAGAUCAGGAAUAGUGAAACUGGUCCUUCAAAUGUUGGACUCCAGUUUCCUUCAUCCCCAUCAGUCUUGGCCAGUAGUAAGCAAAAAUGAUUCACCAGAAACAUCUGGAAGGGGUGCGCAUGAUUCCUUACCUCUGAGGUAGAUAUGUUUUACAAAGGAUGGAUGUGCUUCAGUGUUGAGUCUCCAGAUGUGGUUGGACUACAACUCUCAUCAUAAGAAGAGCCCUGCUGGAUCAGGUCAAUGGCCCAUCUAGUCCAGCAUCCUGUUCUCACAAUGAGAUGCCUGUGUGGAACCAGCAAGUGCAACUCUCCCCUCCUGUGGUUUCCAGCAAUUGGCAUUCAGAAGCAUUGCUGCCUCCAAUUGUGGAGGUAGAGCACAGCCUCCAUGCCUAGUUGCCACUGAUAGCCAUCUCCUCCAUGAAUUUGUCUAAUCCUCUUUUAAAGCCAUCCAAGCCAGUGACCAUCAUUGCCUUCUGUGGGAGCAAGUUCCACAGUCUAACAAUGCGCUGCACAAAGAAGUACUUUAUUUUCUCUCUUCUGAAUCUUUUAACAUUCAGCUUCUUUGAAUAUUCACAAGUUCUAGUGUAACGGCAGAGGGAGAAAAGCUUUUCUCUGUCUCCUUUCUCCAUGCCGUGCAGAACUUUAUAAGUUUCUCUUACCUUUUCUCUAAAAAACCCCCAAUGCUCCAAUCUUUCCUCAUAGAUUUUUAGAAUUGUUCCAUCCCUGUGAUCAUUUUGGCUGCCCUUUUCUGAACCAUUCCCAAUCCUACAAUAACUUUUUUGAGGUGAUGUGACCAGAAGUGUAGAGAGGAUUCCCAUUGUGAUUUCACCAUAGAUUUGUGAAACAGCAUUAUUAUAAUAGCAGAUUUAUUUUCAAUUCCUUUCCUAAUGAGCCAUGGCAUGGAAUUUGUCUUAUUUCACAGCUGUCGCACACUGCGUCAACAUACUCAUCAAGCUACACCCUAUGACCCCAAGGUCUCUUUUCUAGUCUGUCACCACCAGUCCAGACCCCAUGAGCAUAUCUGUGAAAUUAUGAGUGGGUGUUUUUGUUUUUCUUUUUCCCCACAGCCAUGCAUCACUUUAUAUUUGUUUACACUGAAUUUCUUUUACCAUUUACCACCCAUUCACUUAGUUUGGAAAUAUCCCUUCGGACCUCCCCACAAUCUCAUUUUGUUUUAACAACCCUGAACAAUAUUGUCAGCAGUACCUCACUGCUCACUCAUAACUCUAGAUCAGGGGUCAGCAAACUUUUUCAGCAGAGGGCUGGUCAAGUGUCCCUCAGGCCUUGUGGGGGGCUGGACAAUAUUUUGGGGGGGAGAAAUGAAUGAAUUCCUAUGCCCCACAAAUAACCCAGAGAUGCUUUUUAAAUAAAAGCACACCUUCUACUCAUGUAAAAACACCAAACAGGCCCCACAAAUAACCCAGAGAUGCAUUUUAAAUAAAGGGACACAUUCUACUGGACCAUCUGCGGGCCGGAUUUAGAAGGCGAUUGGGCCAGAUCCAGCCCCCAGGCCUUAGUUUGCCUACCCAUGUUCUAGAUCAUUUAUGGAUAAGUUGAAAAGCACCUUUCUCAUCUAUAGCCAACUUUGCCAGUGGUGAUGGAUUAUGGGAGUUGUAGUCCAACCACAUCUGGGGUCCAAGAUCGAAGAACUCUGAUCUACAUAACAACACACUGGAAACAGCAGAAGUGUGUGAGAACGUAUUAAAAAUGAUUGCCAGUUAUUGCAGUAGUGAAUGGCCACUGGACUUGCUAUGUAAACAUUUUGAGUUUUAUAUUGAAAGGCCAAAGAUAUACAUAUUGCACUUUUGGACAUAUGCAUAAGGCCUUUUGGACAAGUGUUUCUUGACAGCUGUGUGUUUCUAAAACUCUACCAAUUGUAGCCAGUAUAUACACAUCUGAUGAAGUGGACUUUACUUCAUGAAAGCAUAUGCUGUAAUACUUUGUCUUUAUGGUGUUGUCACAGGGCAUUCUCUCUCUCUCUCUGUUUUAAAAAAAUUCCUUGAUAGUCAAAUUUAUUGCACUUGUGUAGUAGGAUUUAUUCCAGGCAUGGCCAAACUCGGCCCUCCAGAUGUUUUGGGACUACAAUUCCCACCAUCCCUAGCUAACAGGACCAGUGGUCAGGGAUGAUGGGAGUUGUAGUCCCAAAACAUCUGGAGGGCCGAGUUUGCCAAUGCCUUGAUUAUUCUGUAGGAUGGCUUUCUAAGCUCUUCACCAAUGGAGGAAGUGUUGCAAUUUCCCCAAGCCUUUCGUUCCACUGCUUGUGGUAAUUCUGAUGUGCUCCCCUGAGCAGGAAGAAAUCUAGUGGGUGUUCUCUCUCCCCCCCCCUUCUUAAUAACUUUUGUGUUUUAAGAACUAGCUAAGCCAGGAAUCCAGAAUGCAAAUCACUGCAUACGCCUUGCUUUUACUAAGUCAAGGGUGAUAAACACAUUAUCUAUUAGCCGCUGCACUCCUUUUGUGCCGGGGGUAGCCAAUAUACUGUUUUUGACCACAGCUCCUAUUAUCCCUGACCAUUGGCCAUGUUGCCUGAGGCUGUUGAGAGUUGUAGUUCAGAACAUCUGGGUGGUGCUAGGUUGGCGACAGCCUGCAUAGACAAUACUGAGCUAGAUGGACCAGUCUCUGUAUAGGACAGCUUUCUAUGUUCUGUUUUCUAGCCCAUUAACACAUGCACACCUCCUGAAGUGCACCACUUUGGCUAUCCUUUCUUCAUGGCUGCCUACUUUUCACUGUUUUUGCUAACAGCAUACAAGGUUUACACACACACUAAACAGUAUUUGCUGCAAGUGGUCCAUGCUAAGUGGAUGGAUAGUUGAAGCAGACUGGAAAAACUGGUGCCAACUUUGCCAUAUGCCUCAAAACCCAAAGAGAAGCUGCAGUUACACACUCACUUUUAUAUUAUUAAAUUGCUUAUCCCACCCUCUCUCCUAUGAGCCCUGGGGCAUAUGUGAAUCUCCCCCAUUUUAUCUUCACAACAAUCCAGUGAAGUAGUUCAAAACAAUGGUAACUGACCCAUUGUCACCCCGGGAAGUUUAUGACUGAGUGAGCAUUGAACUCAGGCCUUUUAAUUCGUCAUCUGACAUGCCAUGCAAAUGAUUUUGCCAUACUGGCCUUUAAUUGUUCCCACCAAGAAUGGUUAUUGGGAAUUUACCCAAAUGAUUGCAAAUGGGCAGGGAUUGGACCACAGUUAACCUGCAGUCCUUACACUGUGCAGGCCUAGGCUAAGUAUAUUUUAUAAACAGUGAUAUAUACAUAAUUUUAAAUUAAUAAAAGUAUUUUUUUUAAAGCUCUGAGAAGCAAAAGUAUCUAAGUGGCAUUUUUUGUACCGUGACAGUCUUGUAAUUGUUGCUUAUGUGAUUUCGUUUGCAAACUGUGCGUAAUACAGUCAUACCUCGGGUUGCGAAUGUGAUCUUUGCAGGAGGCAUGUUCGCAACCUGCAGAGUUCGCAGCCUGAAGCACCGUGUCUUCGCACGCAUGUGACGCAAUUCUGCGCAUGCACGUGACAUCAUUUUGUGCUUUGGCACAUGCACGAGCGCCAAAACCCGAAAACAUGCAACCUGCAGCGUUCGUAACCUGAGGUAUGACUGUAGUAAAUAUUUAAUAUUUGUUUCUUCAGUCUGUGGAUAAGGCAAUCCUGAUUGUGCUGUGACCUUUUCUAGCGGCACCAACCAUGUGGAUUGUUCUUUCUUCGGACAUGAACUAUGGGGUAUUUGCACCAGCAGUUGAAUACACCAUUGCUUCUAGUUCCGAUUUUUCUUGGUCACUUGAUGAUAUUUUACUCUUGAUUUUAUUGUUGAUUGUUUACAUUGGAUAGGAUAUUGUUAUGGCUUUUUUAAAAUUGUGGGGCGUUUCUUUUCGUAACCAAAAACCUGUUUUAAAUCGUUUUAAUAAAUAAAUAAUAAAUAAGCAAACCUAAAAAUAUGAAAACACUCACGUUUUUGAGAUUAAUAUAAAUGAUGAAUGUAGUUCCAUUGUAUUUUUCAGCGUUCACAUACAAAAGUUGAAGCUGUGAAACAAAACCCUAUGGGCCCCAAUCCAUUGCUGAAUAGAAAGUGUGUGUUGUGAUAAUACUGGUAAUCUGUUACAGUGUGUAUAGACCUAUUCCUUCAUCCCUCCCAAAAGGUGAUCAGGCCUGUGAGAUCAGGCCUUGUUGCGUGGUGGUGUGCCCAGAUUGUAUAGAAGUGGAGCUCACACAGAACAUAGCCUCAGAAGUGCUUCUCUUUUAUACUCUUUUAUACUGACCCCUGAAAGGGGUGGUUCUGUUUGUUUGUUCUUGGUGCUGUCUGUCUGUGUUGGUUGUUGAGUGUAUAGGCUGUAGGCCACGGGUAGGCAAACUAAGGCCCGGGGGCCGGAUCCGGCCCAAUCGCCUUCUAAAUCCAACCUGCGGACAGUCCGGGAAUCAGCGUGUUUUUACAUGAGUAGAAUGUGUCCUUUUAUUUAAAAUGCAUCUCUGGGUUAUUUGUGGGGCCUGCCUGGUGUUUUUACAUGAGUAGAAGGUGUGCUUUUAUUUAAAAUGCAUCUCUGGGUUAUUUGUGGGGCAUAGGAAUUCGUCGUCGUUCCCCCCCCCCCCCAAAAAAAAAUAGUCCGGCCCACCACAAGGUCUGAGGGACAGCAGACCGGCCCCCUGCUGAAAAAGUUUGCUGACCCCAGCGUCUAGGCACAACGCUUCAGGGAGGAUGUUCCAAAGCCAAAGCCAGGGCCCCACCUCUGAAAAAGCCCUCUCCUCUGUAGCUGCAGAGUUAUACAGUGGUACCUUGGGUUACAGACGCUUCAAGUUACAGGUGCUUCAGGUUACAGACUCUGCUAACCUAGAAAUAGUACCUCGAGUUAGGAACUUUGCUUCAGGAUGAGAACAGAAAUCGCACAGUGGCGGUGUGGCGGCAGCAGCAGGAGGCCCCAUUAGCUAAAGUGGUGCUUCAGGUUAAGAACAGUUUCAGGUUAAGAACGGACCUCUGGAACAAAUUAAGUUCUUAACCCGAGGUACCACUGUACUAUGGAACUAGCUCCCACCAAAGGCAGCGAUGGUCACCAGCUUGGAUAGCUUUAAAAGAGUAUUAGCCAAAUUCAUGGAGGAGUGGGCUGCCGGAAGCUGCAGGAGAGGAGAGUAGCUCUUGCGCUCAAAUCCUGCUUGCUGGUUUCCCAGAGGCAACUGUUCAGCCACUGUGAAAAUAAAGCUGGACUAGGUGGGCCCAUUGGCCUGAUCUAGCAGGCUGUUCUUAACGUUCUUACAUGUGAUUCUUCUAAUGUGGAAGACACUUGAUCCCGGGCCUUGACAGAAGAUCUUAGGACAUGGACGGGCUUGAACGGGAAGAGACACUCCUUCAGAUUUGUUACUAUCUGGCACCUUGAGUGCUGGUAAAGGCAUCUCACAAUUUUAAUAAUGAUACAUUUGUGUUGCUAGUAGUGGAAUGCUGUGGAAAUUUUCACAAUGGCCAUAUUGUAGGCUCAGCUGGAUUUUUAGUAUUUUACUAUUGUAUUCUUGAUUCACAUCAUUUGACAAUUGUUUAAUCUUACUGUAUCGUUUUCUGAUUUGAACAAACCAAGGUCCUCCUGUUGCUGCUACUAGGAGACCUGUUUCCACAAAUACCUCUUUUCAGCUGGAGAAUGUAACCUUCAUUCACUAUCAGCCCUAUAUAUUUUGCUCCUUGAGGUGAAGAAUAAAUGAUGUCUUUCCCCCUCGCAGCAAGGACCAACACUUUAAAAAGCCUUGCAGCCCCAUUCAGAUACUUUAUCCCCUGUUUGUGGUGUCAUCUGAAGUAGAUUGCUUCAUCCUGCUGCAUGGCCAGCCUGUCUCUCCAUUCAGUGUUAGAAACUCAGAUAUAUAAGCUAAUCGCCAAAUGACUCCUUAUACCUGGGUUACAGUCGCCACAACAAUGUCUAGGCACCUUUUUGCGGUGGAAUUUAUUAUCAUUAUCAUUAUUAUUUCCUUCCUAUACUGCUUUAUAUUUUAAGGGGGGGGAAUCUCUCAUGGGUUUAAAGCACAUUGAUACAUCAAAUACAGUGGUACCUUGGGUUACAUACGCUUCAGGUUACAUACACUUUAGGUUACAGACUCCGCUAACCCUGAAAUAGUGCUUCAGGUUAAGAACUUUGCUUCAGGUUGAGAACAGAAAUCGUGUUCCGGCGGCGUGGCGGCAGCAAGAGGCCCCAUUAGCUAAAGUGGUGCUGUAAGAACAGUUUCAGGUUAAGUACGGACCUCCAGAACAAAUUAAGUACUUAACCCGAGGUACCACUGUAAAACAAUCCAGAAUAAAACAAAUUCAAGCUCCAAGGAAAAUAUUUCAGAUCCUUCUCUUAAGUGACAUUUUGCUUUUCCAGUAUUUAUUUACCUACUUAAUUUAUAUACCUGCCCCAUAGCAGAAGCAUUCUAGGAAGCCCGUGUGGUGUAGUGGUUAGAGUGUUGGACUAGGACCUGGGAGAACAGGGUUCAAAUCCCCACUCUGUAAAGAAGCUCAUUGGGUGACCUUGGAACAGUCACAGCUUCUUAACAGGAUCAUUAUAGGGAUUAACUGAGGAGGAGGGAGAACCAUGUAUGUGAGAUAUAAAUGCAUGUAUGUGAGAUAUAAAUGCAAUAAAUAAGCUCUUCUGCUGACCUGCUUAAGGAAGCUUAAGGGGCCAGCCAGAUGGAGAUGUCCAUUGCCAACCUGGCAUCCAGAGAUCUCCAUGUGGUCGCAAUUGGACCUACGCCAGUAGCAAAACGCGCCUGGCUAAUUUCUAACACAGUCUCCAUUUGUUUAGUAUUUUAGUGUGGUGCACUCACAGUGUGGAAAGCUGGGGGAAUUCAGCCAAGAUGUGCAGAUUGAACUGGUUGGAUAUUCAUGUCUCUCUCUCUCUCUCUCUCUCUCUCUCUCUCUCUCUCUCUCUCUAACACACACAUACACACCCUCUUCCAAACAGCAGCCUCACUUUUUUGCCUUUGCCAACUCUUUGUGAUGUUGUGGGUGGGGCAUCUGCUGCAAGGAGGAAAGGAAAGAAACCACUACCCAUUGGGUCAUGGUGCUGAUCUUUCUUUGCUUUGCCCUUUAGCAAAGGAGGGGCGGGGGGAAUCCUGCAGGAAUACAGAGGAGCGUCUAAGGUUCCUUCUAGCUCUAUAGUUCUGUGUUAAGUAGAGUUUGGCUCAACUUGCUGUAGUAGUAAACUGAUGACUUGCACUGAGCUGCUUCAGGCUGCAGGCAAAGUCUCGUUGGAUUAUUUGCUUUUCCAUACCUCAAAGUGUAGUCCUUUUGGAGAAUAGUAUGCUGGUAAAAAGCACAGACUAAUGUUCUUUUUCUGGUCCUCAAAUUUUGUGGAGGAUUUGAACAGGCACAAAUUCAGUUAGGGAAGCCCCUUAUAAUUUUUUGCACACCAUGGAGAGAAUGAAGCAUAUAAUGUUUAGUAGGAUUUUUUUUUACUCCAGCUGUAAUGAAGGUAGAUGAUUUAGUGAUGUUACUAUGUCAUGCAUUUUUCUGGUUUUAUAUUGUAAACCACCCUGUGAUCCUUGAAUGAAGGGGCGGCAUAGGAAUUCAAUAAAUAAAUAAAUAAAUUUAAUUCUUAAAAGUUAAAUUUAAAAAUCUUUACCUCUCACAGAUGAUUCAUUAGUCAGUGAUAUCUAAGGUGAAAAGAGUAGAUUGGAUUGUUAAUUGUUGCAUUUUCAUAUUAUGUGAUGAGUGCUUUGGGACCGAUUUUAGGGGUCAAAAAAUGGGAGUGCGGCUAUUAAGCAAUGUUGAUGACUACUCAGUGAAAUACAGUAUGUUAGGGGAAUCUAUGUGUGGAAAUGUAUUGUAAAUUGCUUAGAGAUUAAAACUGUGUAUAUUAGGGAAAUGCACACUAAAAUGGUGAUACAUUUUCAUGAGGACAGAUGAACUGUAUGAACAGAUGUCAGAAUAGGGUAAAUUAAAACUUAAUUAAGAUUGGUAAAAUGAGAAACCAACAUUGAGAGAUUUGUCCAUCCCUCUUAGUUAGUACCUUGGUAGCCCCGUGGACAAAGGAGAUUUUUGAGCAGGCUGUUAAAAGGUUUGCAGUAUUUUGGGUUCCCCAACAAUCAUUUUGUCUUGGGUUUAAAAUUUCCUAGAAAACUAUAUUCAUUCACUGUGCAGGCUUUAUAGAAAAAUAUCAGGCACAAAGUGAGGGACUGUGGGUAAUUUGCAAAAGUAAUACUGUGCAGAGUUUGAGCUUGUGAUUGCAUGCAUCGCAUGUGUACGGCCUCCCAGCAGGUCCUCCAUUUGCAGCAUGGGGGCAGCACGCUGUAAGGAAGGACUCACAUGUAAUCUCUACCUAAAGUAUCAUGUUUUUUGGAAGACAACACAACCAAACAAACACUGUCUCUCUUGUGUUUUCCCAGUAGCUUCCCAGUUGCUAUUAAUGUUAGUUAAGUGCCGACUCUCCCUCCUGAAUGAAGAUAUUUGUAGUGUGAUCCAAUUUUGCACAUGACUCUGUAAAUGACCCACUUGUGGGUGCCAGGCUGAAUGGGCUGAAAGUAAUUCUGAAGCAAAUUGUAAGGAGCAUGGAAGUUCCUUCUCCUUAUGUAUACCAGCCAUGUAAGCCCUUUUUAGUGCAGCUGUGCUGUUUUUCAUUUGGUUUCUUUCUUUUCAUUUGUAGAUGAGCAGUGUUGAUGUUUUAUUUCUGUUUUGUAAACUACCUGAUAAUUUUUGCAGUGGUAAGUGGCAUGACAAUACAUUUAAAUAAAACAAAUAAAUAUUUUCCAUCUGUCUAGGGGAAACUGAGACGGUUGUGGGAAAUUUUAAGAGCCUCAGUGAUUUGGUCAAUAACCCGUUGUAGGAUAUUUUAGAACUGGAAAAGAGGCCAUGAAAGGCAACCAAAAUGACCAAGAGUCAUAAGAAACACACAUAUGUACACCCAUAAACAAUUGUAAACAGUGGUUUGAAAAGGCUGUGAAAUUCAAGAUGUAGUUGAUGUUUCUUAUGCAGAGCACAGAAGUAUAGAAUUGAGUUGUGUGUUUACAAUAGUAAUCGGUGAGAAUUACAUCAUUCUACCUUACCUCGUUUCAUUUGGAUGAGUGUAUAUUUGCAAUAAAUUUUGCCGUAUAUUUGCGUUCUGAGCUUACUGUGUUAUGCCAUUCACCUGCUUCUGAAGCGCCAGCACAAUUCUGACUUUCUUAGCAGAUGCCCGCUUGGCUUCCCUGUAACCAUCACCAGCACUUGACAACUCUUUGAUUUGUAGUAUUCCACUUCACUUCUUCUGUGCUCUGAUUUUACCAGUAGUUUCAUCUUUGGAAAACAGACUGUAACACUUCAGAGAACGUUACCUAUUGUAUGUUGCUCUCAAGUCAUUUUAAAUAUAGAAACUCGGGCCUGCUAAAGAGCUAUCAUUUCCCACUCUCUUCACUACGUACAAGAGAGAAGGAGUUUGUGGUGAGCACACUUGUUUCCUCCCUUUACUCUAGGGGUAGGGGACCUCUGGCCCGCAGACAAGUCUUCACCUGCCGGGUAGUCCAAUUUUGCCCACAAGGCCAUUUCUCCAAAACCACACCCAAUUGUCAGUCAGCUGCUGCCACCGAGUGAUGUCAGUUGAUGGGCAGGGGAAGGUUCAGUCCUGCUGGGAUUUGCCUUACCAGUGUUCCCAUGUGGGGUGCACCGAUGAAGUAGACCAAAAUUCAGUCCUCCACUCAUCAGCUGGUGAGCAGAGUGUUUAAUCCUGCUUUGCCAGCUUGUCCAAUUGGCCUGUCAGAUGUUGAGGGGAGAUGAAGAUCCAGCCCACCGGGCCGAAAAGUUUCCCUACUUUUGCUUUGCUCUCUUUCACCGGCAUAAAAUCCCCCCCCCCCCCCCGUUUUCAGCAUUAAUUCUGCCAGCACCAGUUGGUUGCAAAUUGAAGAUAAAGACAACCUUGGUGUGUUGAACACUGAAAAAGGAAAAGAGAAUUUGUUCAGAAGGGGUGUUUGAGCCUGCCUUGUGCUUCUUAUUUUGACUGUGGAUAAGAAGGCCACUGAGAUUGCAUAUUUAAAAUGAUUCUAUCUUGUCUGGACAGCCACUGCUGAUUAUUUGUCCCAGUUGGUUUUGUUGCAACCUGAAAUCUGUUUUGCACCUAGCAGACCAGACUAUUGUUGUUGUCGUUUAGUCGUGUCCGACUCUUCGUGACCCCAUGGACCAGAGCCUCCCUUAAUUCUUCCUUCUCUCCAUUUUAAGACUGUGAUAAAUUGCUUACUUUGGGACUUUCAUUCCAGUCUCCAUUUUCUCACCUGCCCCCUUUUCUGUUUGCUGAACAUCUCACCUGAAGAACAGUUCUGGAAAAUUCUGUAACUUUCUUACUACUUUCCGAUGUGGGCAUUGCCCUAGUGAGGCUUUUGCAUUCUGCAUUGUCUUCAGUGUUGGUGUGCCUUGGAAAAAUAAUAAUAAUGGAUGAGCAAGCUUUGAAUGUUGCCUCUGCUGCUUUGUUGCUAUUUACCCCUCAUUUCUCCUCCCUGGCUUUCCUUCUUUGGGAUCUGUGCCAGGCACUUGUGCUGUCUCUUCUAGUCUUGUUUCCUUUCUUUUUAAUUCCUUCCAAUUAUCCUCUUAAAUAGGGCUCACUAAACAUAGUGGACCCAAUAUUCCCCCUUCCUCACCUAUUUGGCCCCCCCCCCAUUUUUCUUGCUCUUAUUAUUCUCUGAAGCCAGCUAUUUGACCACUUCCCCCAAAUGCCUCCCUUUCUUCCCUCCUCCCAAUUGUCUAACUGGCUGUUGUUACCUGCAUUCCCACCCUCUCUGACAAGUAAAUACAAGAUCAACUAAACCACUAGCUUACUGAAACACCAGCAAAGAAUGUAUUUUGACUAGUGUGCAGCAUUCCAGGCUGUUCUUUGGUUGACUUUCUAAGCAAAGACUUCCAAGCUAAUAAUAAUAAUAAUAAUAAUAAUAAUAAUAAUUUAUUUAUACCCCACCCAUCUGGCUGGGUUUCCCCAGCCACUCUGGGCGGCUUCCAACAAAAUAUUAAAAACAAUACAGUGUCAGACCUUAAAAACCUUCCUAAACAGGGCCGCCUUCAGUUGUCUUUUAAAAGUAAAAUAGUUGUUUAUUGCCUUGACAUCUGCUGAGAGGGCGUUCCACAGGGCAGGCACCGCUACCGAGAAGGCCCUCUGCCUGGUUCCCUGUAACCUCACUUCUCGCAGCGAGGGAACCGCCAGAAGGUCCUUGGGGCUGGACCUCAGUGUCCGGGCUGGAUGAUGGGGGUGGAGAUGCUCCUUCAGGUAUACAGGACCCAGGCCGUUUAGGGAUUUAAAGGUCAGCACCAACACUCUGAAUUGUGCUCGGAAACGUACUGGGAGCCAAUAAAGAUCUUUCAGGACCAGUAUUAUAUGGUCUUGGGGGCCGCUCCCAGUCACCAGUCUAGCUGCCGCAUUCUGGAUUAAUUGCAGUUUCUGUGUCACCUUCAAAGGUAGCCCCACAUAGAGCGCAUUGCAGUAGCCCAAAGAAUUUUGGUUGCUCCAGCACAAAUUUCAUGAAGCAAUGUGUGAACCUCUUUAAGAUUAUAGAAUCUUAGAGCUGGAAGGGACCCGAGGGAGUCCAGCCCCCUGCAGUGAAGGAAUUCCAGCUCAAGCAUCCAUGACAGAUGGCCAUCCAACCUCUGCUUAAAAACCUCCAAGGAAGGAGAGCCCACCACCUCUCGUGGCAGUCUGUUCUACUGCCAGACAGCUCUUAUUAUCAGAAAGUUUUACCAAAUGUUUAGUCGUAACUUGAAGCCAUUGCCUCGAGUCCUACCCUCCAGGGUGGGAGAACACAAGCGUGUAGCAUUCUAGUUUGAAAGCAGUUCUAAAAUGUUAUAAAAAUGCUUAUGCCGUUUUUCGAAAAUUAAAACAUGAGGGAUAAAUAGCUCCUGUGCAAGGCUGACUUUCCAAAGGAUAGGGCAGCUGUGAUAUUUUUCCAGGUCUUUAUCAGGCUGUCCAUCUCAGCACCUUUUCAGAUCUGCCUGCGUGGGUAUUGCUCCGUUCUGCCACUAGGUGCCGCUGUAGUUUGCUCCUGGUUCAUAUGUCAAUUGAGAGAAAGAGAGAGACUCUAUGAACAAAGGAAAAGAUGUUAAUUUCUUUUAUAAAUCCUUACUAAUUAACCCCACCUAAGGUGUAAAAUCACAUUUUAGCAUGUCUGAUUUUAGUGCUGGAAGGCUGAGCUACCUAGAUUCUAAGGUAGAUGAGAACCUGCGCGGCCUUCUUUUUCUAUAAUCUACCUGGUCUAGUAGUGCAAAUGGAGAAAUAGUAAGAUUGCCUCUUAAAAGUUAAGGCAUAAGUAAUCUUUGUUAAGCUUUUCCAAGUAAGAAUAUAACAAGCGCCUUGAUAAGAAGUGCGCUGGUGCAACAGCUCACCUUGUUUCACAUUCUUUGUAAGAAUCCUAGUCAGCCUGCAGGUGCAAGGUGGUUGACAGGAAAUUGGUUGGUAGUCCACUGUUGGGAUUAUAGUAUGCCUUUUGUUACACCUUGAUCUAUUACGAUGUUCAGACCAUGCAGUUUUUCCUGUGUGUAUGAGCGUGAGCAUCCUAUUUUAAUAUUUUGGCUCUCUGUGGAUUAGUUAACACUUAAAGUUCGUCUUUCUCUUGAAUUUGCACUUACGUCUAGCAUUUAGAACCUAGUUGCUUAUUUGUUUUUAAACUCCCUCCCCUUCUUGUUUGUAGUUCCCAGAGAGCUGGUAGAACUUCACCUGAAACUGAUGAGGAAGAUCGGGAAAUCCGUCACAGCAGAUCGCUGGGAAAAAUACUUGAUCAAGGUAAGUUGUUCUUACAUUGGAUGCUUUGAAACUCUACUGCUGGGUGAUAUAUGAUGUUGAGAAUCCCCAAUACCAUGGCCAGAAAUAGGAGGGGUCUGUGCCAAUUUGGGUUUUCUAUUGUUUAAUAUUAGAUAUAGUGUGCAGUCACGAAAUUAAAAGACGCCUGCUCCUUGGGAGAAAGGCGAUGGCAAACCUAGACAGCAUCUUAAAAAGCAGAGACAUCACCUUACCAACAAAGGUCCGUAUAGUAAAAGGUAUGGUUUUCCCAGUAGUGAUGUAUGGAAGUGAGAGCUGGACCACAAAGAAGGCAGAACUCCGAAGAAUUGAUGCUUUUGAAUUAUGGUGCUGGAGGAGACUCUUGAGAGUCCCAUGGACUGCAAGAAGAUCAAACGUAUCCAUUCUGAAGGAAAUCAGCCCUGAGUGCUCACUAGAAGAACAGAUCCUGAAGCUGAGGCUCCAAGACUUUGGCCACCUCAUGAGAAGAGAAGACUCCCUGGAAAAGACCCUGAUGCUGGGAAAGAUGGAGGGCACAAGGAGAAGGGGACGACAGAGGACGAGAUGGUUGGACAGUGUUCUCGAAGCUAUAAACAUGAGUCUGACCAAGCUGCGGGAGGCAGUGGAAGACAGGGGGUGCUCUGGUCCAUGGGGUCACGAAGAGUCGGACACGACUAAACGACUAAACAACAACAUAGUGCGCAGAUGUAAUCACUACCAUCCAGAAAUAAUUUUAAGGAAUUUCCAGAGCACACAAAAAUCAACGUCCCUGUAAUACAAUUCAUUUAAAUGAUUGUUAUGAAAGACUUCUGGGUCUUCCAGUUUUUCAUAUUUGGUCUCUGGGACAGCGUGUUUAUGUUCCCACCCCUGCCAGUGCCUGGUGGUAAAGCCUAGCAGGCAGGUGGGAACCUUUAAUAGGGUCUUCUUGGUGGCGGCCCCGCAAUUAUGGUAGUCAGUUCUUUCUAAGGUUGGGCAGGUCUCAUCCAUCACAUCCUUUAAAUGGGACUAAGCACAGGUUGGAUGACCAUCUGUCAGGGAUUCUUUAGUUGUGAUUCCGGCAUUGCAGCGGGUUGGACUCGGUGAGCCUUGGGGUCCCUUCCAGUUUACAGUACUAUGAUUCUAUGAUUGUUAUUUCCUCUGAUUAAUAGGGCUCUUGCUGUCUGUAUCCGGCUGAAUUUUAUUGUUUCUGUUUCAUCUCUAUACUGGCGUUUAGAUUUUAGUAUUGUUUCUGAAUGGAUUCUAAAGUGUUUUUUUGUGUUUGAAUUUGUAUUUUUAUAUAUGCUGUGAACUGCUUUGUAGUGCGUGUUCUUAAAAAGCAGACUAUAAGUCAAAUAAAUAAAUAACUAAAUACCCAUCCUAGGUCCCCAUAUUGUUAGUUUAACAGCGAUCCACAUCCCUCUGCUUUUUCCAGUUCCUGUUUUAUUCCUACAAAAACUGAAACUUUAGGUAACACUUCAUUGAGUAUGGGUGCCAUGAUGGGAGAUCACUUCGUACUUAAUUUAAACCAUUUUCCUUUCAGAUGUGUCAAGAAUUCAACAGCACCUGGGCAUGGGAAAUGGAGAAAAAAGGAUACUUUGAAAUGAGCAUGGAAUGCAAGUUGGGAAUAUUGAAGGUACUAUUGUCUUCAACUCAUGUGAUAGUUUUCUGGAAUACCUGUGAUGAUACCUGAUAAUCCUCCAAACACCAUUUAUAGCAUCAUGAGUUUAUCAUGGGCUUAUGCAUCCUCCACCUUCCCAAUUCCCUUGCAUUUUCCAAUUUCCUGCACUGUUUCUGGGUUGACCUAACUCCAAACCAUGGCUACAUGGUGGGUGAGUGUCAUUCAUUUAAAAAGCUACCUUUAUACGCUACUCCAGACCUAUAGAAAAUGCAGUGGGGGAUUCAAAAUGUCCCUUUUAAAAAGAGAUGGUAAGGCGGAACCACUGAAGACUGCUUGCUUCAGUACCUACUUCGUAGCAGGUCUCCAAAGUCUCAAGUACAAGCCUUUCUCAGCCCUCUCUCAUUUAUAGCAGUGCUAGAGAUUAAAUCUGAGUCCUUCUGAAUACAGAGCAAGGGCCCUGCCAUCUGAGCUAUGGCUCCUCCCCAACAAUUUCUUAAAUCAAGCCCUUCAAGUACUGUUUUUGCAAAUUAGUCUCUUGCUGGUGCAUCAGCAGAGAGUGUUCCUUUGGUGUUUCCAACAUUAGUUUGAUGUGCUCUUUUUCUCUCCCCCCCCCUUUUUCUUUAGUACCUUUGUGAGUGCCAGUUUGAUGACAAUCUCAAAUUUAAGAAUAUCAUUAAUGAGGAAGAUGCAGAUGCUAUGCGCCUUCAGCCGAUUGGCAGAGACAAAGAUGGGCUGACCUACUGGUACCAGCUGGAUCAAGAUCAUAAUGUUAGGGUGUAUGUCGAAGAGCAAGAUGAUCAAGAUGGGUCUUCGUGGAAGUGCAUUGUCAGGUAUUGUUCUUUUUACCCUCGGUUUUCCAGACUUUAGACUUUAGAAGAAACGCCUCUCUCAGGUUCAUUUAUUGGAUAGGAUUUUUUAAAUGUUCUCUCUAACUCACUGUGCAUAAAGAAAUAUUUACAGCUACACGUACAUCUUUGCGAUGGUUUAGUGCUGCACCUGAAACAAAGCCAAACGCUUACAAAGUGGUGGUACAGAAAAGGGCCGCCAAAAUGAUCCAAGAGAUUAGAGCAAUUUCCCUAUGAAGAAAAGUUGCAGUGCUUGGGACUUUUAGUUUAGAGGAAAAAGCUGCAGCUUAUUAUGAUCAUAUUAUAACAUUUUGGCAGCGGACAGAGUUGUAUGAUUUUUUAAAUAUUCUGUUUGAAAUAUAUUGCUAUGACUUGUUUUAAUUAAUAAAUGGGGGGGAGAAGAGGUGAGUAAGAUGUAACAUUAUAAAGGUAAAGGGACUCCUGACCAUUAGGUCCAGUCAUGACCGACUCUGGGGUUGUAGCGCCCAUCUCGCUUUAUUGGCCGAGGGAGCCGGCGUACUGCUUCUGGGUCAUGUGACCAGCAUUACUAAGCCGCUUCUGGCGAACCAGAGCAGCACAUGGAAACGCCGUUUACCUUCCCGCUGGAGCGGUACCUACCGUAUUUUUCGCUCUAUAGGACACACUUUUUCCCCUUCAACAAUGAAGGGGAAAUGUGUGUGUGUCCUAUGGAGCGAAGAUGCCAUAGCCCCGCGACCCUCUCCCGGCUGGAGAGGUGACGCGCGGCUAUGGCAGGAAUCUCUACAGCCCCGUGUCACCUCUCCAGCCGGAAGAGUGCGCGCGCGGGGCUCAAGCAGCCCCCCCGCGACCCUCUCCCGGCUGGAGAGGUGACGCGCGGCUAUGGCAGGAGCCUCUACAGCCCCGUGUCACCUCUGCAGCCGGGAGAGCGCGUGCGGGGCUAAAGAAGCCAUAGCCCUGCGACCCUCUCCCGGCUGGAGAGGUGACGCGCGGCUAUGGCAGGAGCCUCUCCGCUGCGCCUUUCCGCUGCUCCCUGACCUGCUCUUUGGGGCUGGUGGUGGGCUUCCCCGCCAGCCCCAAAGAGCAGGUCGAAGGAACCUGAAGCCUGGAGAGCGAGAGGGUCAGUGCACACCGACCCCUCUCGCUCUCCAGGCUUCCAAGGCAGCCGCCUGAACGCACCUUAAACGGCACCUUGUUUUAGAGCGGGAAAACAAGAGGGGGAAAGUUCUCCCCCUCUCUGUGCAGCGCCUCCUGCUGCUUCACUGAAGGGGCGCUGGGCAGAGAGGGGAAAAUUUUUUUUUCUUGUUCUCCCCCCUCUAAAACAAAGUGCGUCCUAUUGUCCGGUGCGUCCUAUGGUGCGAAAAAUACGGUAUUUAUCUACUUGCACUUUGAUGUGCUUUUGACCUGCUAGGUUGGCAGGAGCAGGGGCCCAGCAACGGGAGCUCACCCCGUCGCGGGGAUUCGAACCGCCAACCUCCUGAUCAGCAAGUCCUUGGCUCUGUGGUUUAACCCACAGCACCACCUGCGUCCCUAAUGUAACAUUAUAGAAGUUUAUAAAAUUAGGCAUGGCAUAACAUAACAUUAGAGCUCUCUCAUAACAUUGGAACUCAUGGGCACCCAGUGAAGAUGAACGUUAGGACAGAUAAGAGAAAGUACUUCUUCACGCAGCACGAUGUCAAACCAAGGAACUGCUCCCCCAGGAGGCAGCGAUAGCCACCAACUUGGGAGACUUUAAUAAAAGGUUUAGGAAAUUGACGGCUGCCAGCCAAGAUGGCUACGCUCUACUUCCACAGGCAGUAAUGCUAAUACAAGUUGCUGGAAACUACUAGAGGAGAGAAGGGCUCUUGUGCUCUUGUUCUGCUCCCUGGUUUCCCACAGGCAUCUGGUUAGCCACUGUGAGAACAAGAUGCUGGACUAGCUAAGUGGGCCUUUGGCCUGAUCUAGCAGACUAUUCUCAGGUCUGGAGAUCUGGCCCUGAAUAUGGGCUGUGGUGAAUAUGUGCUGGAGUGCUGGCCAUUGCUCCUUUUUGUAUGCCUAUGUUCCUUUUGUUCCAGGCUUGCUAUGUGUGGCUAUUCCUUGGUUCUGCUAUGCAUGCAGGUAGGUGUGAGAGGAGGGUGGGAACUGGUGUACUGACUGCUGAGAGUACGAAAGUCAAAUGGUUCCCUAUAGCAGUGAUAGGUGUCUGUGAAAUUCCUUAGGGGGAAGGGGUAGUUGUGGGGGUUUUCCAGACAUAGUCUUUACCGUUUACUUACUCUUCAUUUUCCUGUGGGUGCUGGCAAAGCAGAAUGCAUGCAGUCUGGUUUGCACAAGUGUGGGAUAUUACACAAGGCUGGCAAGGUUAUGGGGCUUGAUGCGGUUUUUUGUUUUUUGUUUAUCCAGAAGCCGAAAUGAGCUGGCUGAAACUCUGGAACUCCUCAAAGCACAAAUUGAUCCGGAACUAUUAAAAAAACAGCAACAGGAUAAUUCGUCACGGGAGAGCCCUAGUAUUGAAGGUGAAGAGGCCAAAAAGGGCGAAGAAACAUCAACCCAAGGUUUGCUGCUAUUCUUACCUUGCAAGGGAUAUUUUGCAUUAAUCAUUCUCAGUGUUGACUAUUUUGAGGGAUUUAUGCACUGCAAAUGUGGGCGCGAUUCAAAAUUGGAAGCCAUUUAACCUAAAAAAGCUUGAGGAGAUUUUUUUUUUUAAGUAUUGCUGCUAUUAAAGUGACAUUAGGAUGGGUACCAGGCGAGCCUCUCUGGAGAGAGCUUUCCUCUAAGGAGGUGCUGAUUGCAUGCCUUUUGGCCCUUCCUAGCUCGCUUCUGCAGACUUCAAAUAGUAAAGCUCUUCCUGGAGGGCCUUGAGAAUUGUAAUUCCAUACAGGGGAAGUGAGCUAGUAAUAGAGAUUUCUCAGAAUAGCACAAAACCAUAGUUUUCAGGGUUUUCUUGAGGGGAUAGCCAGGACGGUUAAAUUGGAAUGAAACCAGCAUAUAUUUGUUACAUAGAUUUGCCCGGUGAUUUUUGCUGUACCGAAACGUUCACUCAGAGUAAAGUACCAUUGGAACUGUUUUUCUUUGGACGUGAGCUGAUAUUUAGCAUUUAUGUGUUCAGUGCCUGGAAAAACUAAAUGCUUCAAAAGUUGUGUCGUACUGAGGGUGGGGAGAAUCAUUUGGUGAUGAUUGUAAAAUUGCUUUACUUUGCUCUUUUUUCUUUUAAAUGAAACAGAAAGUGACUUGAAGGUCAAAGAAGAAAAAGAAGAGAUAAAAGAGGAGCUGCCAAAACAGUUGGAAAGCCUUCCACCUCCAGCAGUUUCGGAAGAGGAAAACAAGAUAAAAUUAGAAAAAGUGCAAGAGAGAGAAAUCAUAAAGCUGCCAGUUAUAGUGAAGUUAGAUAAACCUUUGGAAAACAAUGGGGAAAUGCAGAUUACCAAAGAAGAAAGGGACUCUUUUAAAGAAAACGUUAAGCCCGUUAAAGUGGAGGUGAAGGAAAAUAAGCUAGAGCCAAAAGACUUGAAAGAUGUAAAUAGCAAUGCAGAGGCAACUGUUCAUGAGCCCGAGAGGAUAGAGUUCUGUGUCAAUGUCAAAGCUCCCCAGGAAGUGGUGGAGCGAAGUGUGGAAGAAAGCGAGAAACUAAAAAAUGACCAGCAGGCAAAGAUUCCACUGAAAAAGCGAGAGAUUAAGCUGACUGAUGAUUACGACAGUCCCUUAAAAGGGCCCUUGCGAAAAUGUAUUACCCCAACGAAGGAUGUUUUGAAGGAGGAAGGGAAACAAGAGGAAGAGACGUUUAAGAGAGUCCCUACAAUCACCGAUGGGAAAUGUCUUGUUAAUGGGGAGGUUAGUAGCGAGAAAAUCAUGCCAAAUAACAAGCUGGAACGUUCCCCAGGCACAAAGGAAGACACCUCCAGCCUGCCUAAGGAGGAAAAUGGUGUAAGCGGCGAGAAAAUACUAGAGACCGUUAGCACAAUAAUAAGAACAGCUGAUGUCGAAAGAAAUAUUUUGCAUACAGGGAAGGAGGUAGCUAGUGUGGUAGCUGAGGUUUCUUCUCAGAAAGUGCCUUUAAAGGAGGAGACCAGCCCGAAAGGAAAAGAAAACUUGCUUGACAGUAAGACUUCAGAGUCUGUCGUAGAAGCACCUUCAAAAACGGAUGAUUGUCUCAAGAAGUCAGUGGAACCUGUGAAAGCAAAAGACGGCUUGGCACCUCCCAAGGAAUGUCCAGAUAAAUCCUUAACUGCAUCUUCCCCAAAGGAGCAGGUUACUCCAGCAGUUGAAGAGGAUCUGAAAAGUAAGGGUCAACCCGGGGAGAAGGCAGAGUUGCUAACAGCGGCUGUGACUCCAUUGCCUGCUCCAGCCCUUCCCUUGGAGAAAUCAGUUGCUGAGAAGGAGGAAUCUGUCUCUAAAAGCACACUUCCUGAUAAAUGCAAAGUCCAGGCAGGGCAGGAUUCUAAGCCGCAGAAGGACUCUGAAGCUGAAGGGAAAGAAACGCCCAAAUUAGGCAAUGCCCAAAGUUCUGCCGAGGAACCUCCUGAGGCUAAAAAAGAGCCUGUGAAAAGCAAGUGUAAAUACAAGCUGAUUUCUGAAGACGAAGGUUCUCUAACGGAGAAUAGGGAAAUCACCUCUGAGAGGCAGAAAGAUGGGAUCAAGCUCACAAUCAGGAUCUCGAGUAGAAAGAAAACCGACCCUCCUCCCAAGACUCAGAAUGCAGCCUCUGAAAAGGAGGAGGAGGCGGCUGUUGGUGUCGGUCGCAUUUUAAGGAGGUCUCCCCGGAUAUCUAAGCCCACUCCCAAAAUAGCGGAGACCCGAGAUCAGAAGCCCGAGAAAAAACGGAGUGAGGAGGAGGAAGAAAAACCAGCUGCGGUGCAAAAGCCGGAGAAGAAAGAGGACUCAAAAAAGCAAGAGAAGGAAAUAAAUUCUAAGGCUAGCAAGGUAAAAUAUUCACAUGAGAGCUGUGUGCCUUGAGUCUUCUGAAUUUUGCUGGCCACUAAUGUUGUUUAGAAACCCAAACCUAUGCUAAGACAUUUUGGUUUCUGCCCAUCCACCCCCACCCCACCCCCAUUAUACUAAUCUGUACAGUUUGGAACAGUUUUGCUCAAUUGUCAGGCCUUGCUCUGCACCCAGUAUUCUAAUUUUUACUCUGUUUUGACAUUUUUAGCACAAGGCAUUAUGCCUGGAAGCAGGAGUGAUAGAACACAGUAUAGAGAGCUUCUGCUUGCCUGUCAGGGUCCCACUAAAGCAGUGGAACUGUUCCCUUUUCCCCUGUGCACCCUCAAAAUCUGCACCAGAGACUUGAGGGAUUCUCUGGAGUAGAUUUUUGGGGGCACACAAGAGGAGAGGAAGCGGGAGUCCCAACUGUGUGAGCAUUGGAUAGAGCUCCCUGUCUCCUGAAAAAUGAUGGCCGCAGAGAAGGUGUGAUCAUGUGAUCCACACAGUUACUAGCUGGCUCAGAAGUAGGGUGUAGAUAGUUCAAUAGCUUUUCAAAAAAUAAAAUGAUGCAGGAAACUGUUCAUGUUAUGUUACACUGAUGUAGCAGAAGCUAUUGGUGAAUGGAAGAAAGCUUGAUGUAAGGCUGCAGCAUUUAGAUGUUUAAUCGAUUCAGUGAAUCAGUUGAAAAAAUUUUGGUAGGCUAAAAUGAUAUCUCGUGCCUUAGCAGUUAUUACUAGCUAGUGUUUUCUACACUGGCUAUACGGUGUGCAUUUAGUUACUGUGAUUAUUGCAUGGGAAACGUUUGCCCUUCUGCAAAGUUGGAGCAGUUGAGAGUCACAUGUUUGAUGACACCUGGAAACGGUACAGAAAAUGAGUCUAGAAUAUAUUUUUGUGUGUGAAAGAAAUGGAAUAGGAAGUUGCAGAGUUAAUACAAGAGUCAUCAGGGAUGCCAGUAAGACAACUGGAAGGAGCACUUCUGUUUGAGAAUGGCAAGAAUAAUGCCAAGAAAGUAAAAUUCAUCAUGAUUCCAGUGGUUUACUGUGAGUGGGGAACACCUGGUGAGGGCUGGAAGCUUCAGGGAAAGAGGAAGAUUUUGAGACAGGCAGUGUCUUCGUCCUCCUUCAGCUAAGACUUGGUUGGGUUACAUGUCCUCUGACUGGGCACUCUCAGUAGAUUCCUGGUGGCGGUGCCCUCACUUGCCUCAUUAUCCCCAUUUGAUUUGAAAGAAAAGAGUCAGACAGAGCUACUGCUUUCUACUUUGAUGUUUCCCUAUGUGUGGUUUUAGGAUUGUGCCAGAGAGAUACUGUCCUUGCUCUGGACAAUUUAGUGGUCCAGUCCUGUGUGAGCAAUCUGCCCACAAGAUGCAAAAUUGUUUUCAGAAGAGAGCCCGGCCUCCAGCUAAAUCUGAGGUAUCUCUCAUUGUGAAAGCCAAGUCUUUCUCCUGUCUCCACAGUGAACUAUCACGCGAAUUCCCAGUUUGGUCUCAUCAGCUGCAUCAAUCCUGAGGGAAGGUUUUCCCUUGUUUGAAGGCCAGACUGAAAAAGAAAGAUUUCAUAUGCAAGGACAGAACUUGUUCUCUUUCUCUACAAAUGCAGCGUUUGUAUCAUUAGAUCCUAAUUUGCAGCAGCAGGCCAUAUGAUCAGAUUGCAGCUCAUUUGUGUGUGGAACAGAUGAUGGGUGCUGGUAUAAAGUAGUGUAACUUCAGAAGGGAAGGAAAUAAAUGAGUUGGGUUGUUUUUUUUUAAGAGUGAUAUUGGCCUUGUUCAGAAAUAACACUAAAUCAUUGGUUGACAUUAUGACAACAACUGUUGGUGAGCCUUGGACUCAUAUGCUCCUCUUUGUCCUCCAGUAUAGGCUUAAGGAGAAGUUUGGAAGUUUUCCCUACAAUUUUAGAUUAAAUUCAGCUUGUUGUGACAUCUACAUCUAGACAAAUUGGAUAAGCUUAACAAGGGGUCAGCAAGGCUUAUCUUGCCUGGGCCGGAUCGGUCCCACGGAGAUCCCUCCGUGGGCCAGAUCGUGCGCACGUGUGAGCACACGCGCUCACAAUUUUCGGUGUCUGCGUCUGCGCAGAUGUGCCAGUUUAGCGCAGCGCGAGAGCGGGCACCUCAGUUCGGGGGUGGUUCGUGGGCCGGUCAAACGACCUCCGCGGGCCGCUUUUGGCCCAUGGGCCCUAGGUUGGUGACCCCUGAUCUUAACUAUGGUUAAUCUUAACUAUGGUUUGUUUCUUUAAAAAAAGAACAUAGUUAAGAUCAAGCACUCUUUAGGGUUAUGGGGGCAUGGUAAACAGUGACUAAUCUAAAAUAGAAGCAACAGUUUCCUUGCAGCUGCGCUGGAGGAGAGGGGGGCAUUUGAACCUGAGGCUCCCUGCGGCUUGUUCUUAUACUGCUAAACCAUUUAGCAUUGAAUCCCAGUACAACUGUUGUCAUGUCCAGAAGGCAUUGUAUAAUCUGCGCGUGGCUAUUUUUUAUUUGAUGCAAUGUAAACUGGGGGAAUGUAUGAUUCAGCAUGGAACUGUAACAAGGUGCCGAGACAAUGAGGUUUCCCUUGUCACUGGGUUUCUAGGCCUCACAGCGAAGCAAAGUUCGGUGGGCUGGUACUCGAACUCGUGGUAGGUGGAGAUACUCAAGCAAUGAUGAGAGCGAUGAUUCAGAGAGUGAAGAAGACUCUGAGGAUCAGGAGGAAGAGGAGGAGGAAGAGGAAGAACCUGCACCUGCUGAUGACGAUGAGCCGUGCAAGAAAUGCGGCCUCCCCAAUCACCCAGAGCUAGUAGGUUCUUGUCUUCAAGAGCAAUGAAACUUAGAAAAGCCAUUCUUAAGCAUUCUACAGAUACUGGCUCAGUUCAGACAUCAUACCAAUCCUAUGGUUAAAGGAAGUUUAGGUAUGACUUGGCAUGUUGUCUGAACUGGCAAUGCAUGGUUUGUGUUUUGCCAGUAAAGCAGGUUUGGGUGUGCAAAUCAUGUUUUAGUGUGAUGUCUGAAUUGAGCAGCCACCUCUGCAGGCUGCUGCACCUUGAAGGCAGAAUGAAUUUAAGUGGUGGGGUGCUUCGAAGAUGAGAAACAAAAACAGACAAGCAAUUCUAAGUCAUGUUGUUCGUUUGGAAGUUCAGACCUGGGAGCAGAUUCUAAACUAUUACGUGUUACAUAAAUAUGGGGCAAUAACACUGACAAAAAAUAGGUACCGUAUUUUUCGCACCAUAGGACGCACCGGACAAUAGGACGCACCUUGUUUUAGAGGGGGGAGAACAAGAAAAAAAAAUUCUCCCCCUCUCUGCCCAGCGCCCCUUCAGCGAAGCGGCAGGAGGUGCUGCGCAGAGAGGGGGAGAAUUUUCCCCCUCUUGUUUUCCCGCUCUAAAACAAGGUGCCGUUUAAGGUGCGUUCAGGCGGCUACCUUGGAAGCCUGGAGAGCGUGUGGGGUGGGUGUGCACCGACCCCUCUCGCUCUCCAGGCUCCUUUCGACCUGCUCUUUGGGGCUGGCGGGGGGAAGCCCACCACCAGCCCCAAAGAGCAGGUCAGGGAGCAGCGCAAAGGCGCAGCAGAGAGGCUGCUGCCAUAGCCGCGCGUCACCUCUCCAGCCAGGAGAGGGUCGUGGGGCUAUGGCGUCUUCGCUCCAUAGGACGCACACACAUUUCCCCUUCAUUUUUGAAGGGGAAAAAGUGCGUCCUAUGGUGCGAAAAAUACGGUACCUUAAAUUAUUCUUGUGCAUGUAUGUGUCUUCUUUAAAAAAUCACUCUGCUUGCAUUGUCCCUUUUCUGUGGAUGAGAUCAAAAUUCCAAUCACAGUGGCACUCCAUGCAGUAGUUGCAUUUGGGAUCAUAGCUUUGCGGCAAAAUUCAGUUGGUUUAAUUGCGGUGGCUUUUGUCCCAGGAACACUUGCAAUCUGUAGUUUGGCGGGAAGGCUGGGUACUCAACAGAAACCUUGGAAUCCUUGCAAAACCACAGGGCUGUUUAGAGAAACAGUGACAACCAAAGGCCCAUUUGGUCUUUUCUAUCUUCUCUCCCUAGUAGGAUUUAACAGAAAAAUUCUCCUCUCUGAGGAUCAUACACAUUUAUGAACUGGAAUGUCUUCAUAUCAAAAUAGGCUGUCUUGCAGUGUAGUCCUGACAUAGCCAGUUCCCUUAAGAAUUGCCCAUAUUGUGUUUAAAGAGAAUUACAACUUCCCAUUUGAGUCUACAGCUGCACCAGAAGAGAAGAGACGGAGCAUGUUUUUGCCUCUACUUUAUGACAACAGCGAAUUCAGGUUUAAUCUGGGAAUGUUAGUGUACCUGGAGCCUGAUCUGGUUAACCCCUUUAAAAUCCUAUCCAUGUCAGUGAGAGAAUUAAUACCUUCCAUUGAAGUCAGUGGGACUUAAAAGAGUUUAACUUUAAUGAAUAUUACCCCUGGGCUUUCCAGCAAAAGCAACAGUUUAUCUGCUUAUGGAUCUAUUGGCCAUUUCAAUUUCAGAAUAUUUAUGCCAGCCUUCGUCAAUCUGGUCCCCUUCCGAAUACCGUCGGGACAACAGCUCACAUCAUCCCUGACCAUUGGCCAUGCUGGCUGGAACCGAUGGGAGUUGUGGUCCACAACGUCUGGAGUCGCACCGGUUGGCGAAGGCUGAUUUGUGCAAACAUAGGAAAGCAAGGUGCGCCUUGAUGUGCUUCACAGUGCAAGUGCAAGGUCCGACUGAUUCCUUGGUUCAUUUUCACAGAUUCUCUUGUGCGACUCUUGUGACAGCGGCUACCAUACGGCCUGCCUUCGACCCCCACUGAUGAUCAUUCCUGAUGGAGAAUGGUUCUGCCCACCUUGCCAGCAUGUAGGCUUUGUCUUCUUUGCCUUUGUUUUGUGCUUCCUCGCAUGCAAAUCCUGAGUUACGGUGUGGCUAUGGAAAGGAGCCUUCCCUCGAUGUUUCCUCAAUUCCUUUUGGGACUGUUUACUUUGCCUUUGGUACCCAUUAUUGUAACAGAACUGUAAGAUGUGGUAAUAGGUGGGUGUGAAUGUGUAACAAGGGCAUUACGUAGUCCCAUGAGAAUAACAUUCAGUGCACUGCAAACAAAUUGCACCAUAAAGAUAUUUGUUUGCAGUCGCGUGUAAUUUACUUUCUGCAACUUGCCGUAAAUGAACAAAUUAGUUCAUAACUGUAAAUGAAAUGCAAACCACCCAUUGUUUGUUUCCAUCAUCUGAUAAUAUACUUGAGGUAACAUCAUUCUUAUUUUCCACAAUUCCUUUUAACGUUUCUAUUAUGCUCAGCUAUAUAUUCUCCUAGUACUGUUUGGGGUUUGGGUAUUCUAGCAUUUGCACAAAAAACAAUGCACGUGCUUCUUCUGUACACACAAUUCAACAUUUAUAAGGGACUUAAAGUUUUCUGUACUAUACCUACAUUUGUCUCUUUUUGUGUGGCAUUUGCCAUUUUCACAUCAUAUAGGCCUUGUGCAGAUGUAAUAUUCCCGAUUGCUUACUCGUUGUGAAGCAAAUGGGGGGAAAUUGCUGGCAUUUUCUCAGCACCCCUCCAUUCUGGAGUGCAAGUUUCCUCCACGGAAGCAUUGAUUGUUGCUCAAGAUAUACUUAAUUCCCUUCUAAACCAGAGGUCCAGUCUGGUUUAAAGUCCAUUGUUGCUGAAAACACUUUAUCAUAGCUAAGAGUAUGAGGAAUUUGCUCUGCUGAAAAUGUUUUGGGAGAAGGUGAAGAUGAAUUAAAGCCUAUAUAUUGUUAAGCAUUAGCAGGUAAGUUGCAGUAUAGUUCAGGUGGAACCAGUUCCCUUGAUGCAGGCUUCUUCCACCCCUCCCCCCCAAAAUCCCAAUCCCCUGUGACUUAGUGACAUUCUCAUCCAUGUAUUGUGAAUUGUUUGGUUCUGCCUGUCUACUUUGCCUUGCCCAUGGACUAGGUGGCAUUUCUGUGUGCUUCAACUGCAAGAGCAGAUUUAGGAAUAAAUUUGAACUCCAUUCAGUGGAAAGAUUGAAAUGUAGUCUUGAGAUUGUCACCCACCGUUUCCAAAGUAAUUUGCUUUUCCUUAUUCUGUCUGGAAAUCCUUCUCUUACCGCCUGAUGUUUGGGCCACUGUUAGGUACUCUCUGGCGGUGACGGCUUUCACACCGACAUGGAAUACUUGGGAAGGGGCCUGUUAAGAAAUCAGCUGCAUGGAGAUGUUUGUGGAGCAGGGUAACGCUCUGUUUUUUGUUUAUUCCCAUAGAAAUUGCUCUGCGAGAAGCUGGAAGAACAACUGCAGGACCUGGAUGUUGUCUUGAAAAAGAAAGAGCGUGCAGAACGAAGGUAUCGAAACACUGACCAAUGGCUUAGCAACCCCUGUAACCCCACAUAACAAAUCACACACAGCGAGUGAGUCAGUACUUUACUCUAGCCUUCCACAACCUCGUACCCUCUAGCUUGACUACAGUGCCCCCAUCAGCCUCAGCCAGUACAAUCCCCAGUAGCCAUCACAUGUUCUGGUAUUUUUAUUAACCAGGUUUAGUACCACGCCAACAUGCAAAACCACAUGACUUUGACUGCAAAUUCUAGUUUGGAGCUGGCUGUGGGUGCAGCUAGGUAAAGGUCUGGCAUUAAUGCAAGCAGGUGAAAUACAGUAUAGGACAAAUUUAAGCCGUUGCUGUGAAGAAAUGUCAGCUUUUUGUUUUGUUUUUUCUCCCUAAGGAAAGAGCGCCUUGUGUAUGUGGGCAUUAGUAUUGAGAAUAUCAUUCCUCCACGAGUAAGUGAAAUGAACCCCUUGAUAUCUCCUUUUCUUUCUUUUGGCAUAGAGUCAGACCUGUGUGUUCUUUGCGCUGUAAACACUAAAAAUUCUGCCUUAAGAAAAGCUGAGUGUGCAAUAACCAUAGAUUGCCUUAAUCAAGCAAAUUUGCAUGCAUCUGCUCAUUUUGCCUGAUAAAUUCGGCUCCUGCUGCUGAUAAGAGUCAAGGAGCUAUGCAGGGCACUAAACCAUGGAUCCCUGACCACUAGAAACCCAGUGCACUCCCUGUGUCUUCCUUCUCUACUGCCUGUGACACAUGCAUAUUACAGCCAUGUGGUCUAGAAACUUGCCAUUGUUUGAAUCUCCAUCUUGGCACGUACUGUUAGAUCAAUCCCAUCCUGUCAUUUGAAAACUUCGGAGGUAUGCAUGGUUUAAUAAUUGCUACGGGUUGUAGCCAAUGCUGGUGUUAUUCUGAGUUGACUCAUUGAAGUUAAUGAACAUGGCUGACGUGUGUUUAUUAAUCCUCUCAGAGUAGAACUUAGUUGGAAACAACCCUAGGUACCCUGAACAAAAGGAACUGUGUGGCUGUUUGUGCAGCAGAUUGUUUCUCAUGGAAAAGGCGACAAAUUAAUGCUGCGUUUGUACAGCCUCGUAUGAUUGGCUGCAGCUAUUUCUGUGCUUAAUGAUUGUCUGCUUUUAAACCAGGAGCCUGAAAUACCUGAAGUUGUCGAUGAAAAGAAGAAAGAUUCCAAAAAAUCAAAGGCGAAGCUGCUUGAAAGGAGGUCGACUAGGCAACGGAAGUGCAUCAGCUAUAGGCAAGCAACUGCUUUGCUCCUUUUUGAAUGGAUGUAAUAAAAGAAGCUGUGUUUCUAGUUCACAGUGGAAACAUGCAAAAAAAAAAAAGAAGAAGAAGAAGAAGAAGAAGAAGGGAGGGCUGUCUGAGCAAUGGGGAAAGGGUUUUUUAGAGCCAAUUCGUUUUGAGGGCAAAAUUGCUUGCACCCACUGGGAUCUUGACUCUGCUGUUACAGCAGAUGACUCUCAAGGGGUGUCUAGAGCACUGUCUUAAUCCUGUUGUGUUGGAUGAGUUUCAACUAGUAAGGUUUGAGGAUGUAGACAAAGUGCUUGGAUCGGUCAGGGCAAUUACCUGGACCCUCUUGGCUGAUAAAAAUGAGCAGUGAGGGGGACAGCUGGCUGGGCCAGGGAGGUGGUCAAUGCCUCCUUGUGAGAAGGGUCCAUGCCUGCUUGAGGGAAGCAGUGGUAAAACCACUCCUCAAGAAACCCUCCCUGGAUUCUGAAAAUCUUAAGUAACUAACCACCCAGUUGCCAAUCUUUCCUUCUUGGGCAGACCAGUUGCAGACCAGAUCCAGGUGCUCUAGGAGGAAACUGAUUGUGUAGACCCUAAACCGGGUUUAGGCCCAGUUUUGAUAGUAUACCUUUUAUUUUUAUUUUAUUUCGUUCAAUUAAAUUGUUCUUUUAAAAUAAUGAUAAUGAUAAUGACGUCAACAGCAACAGCAACAUAGCAAGUGAGCAUUUAAAUUUCGUCUUACAUUGAGUGGCUGUACAUUACAUGCCAAAACACAGAACAAAGCUCCAGGGUUGUCUCUUCAAUAAUGGCUUAGUUCUCUACUACAGGAUUGGUGGUGGGCAACCAACUUGGAAGGCUUUAAAUGGAGGGUGGACAAAAUCAUGGAGGGCAAGGCUGUCAGUGGCUACUGGCCAUGUUGGCUAUGUACUUCUUCUUUGGCGAUUACUUGUAGCCGAGUAAGAUUGUCUUCCAUAAACACGUUAUUAACAGUGAGUCCGUAAGUGACUGUGGAGGCCAAUUCUGGAUCCACACGUCCUUCCACAGUGGGGACAUAGGUUUCCAGGCGGAAGUUGAUCACGGUGUGGAUGUGCCAAGUGUGGCUUCCUCUUUGUCCGUUUCUCCCUUGCGUCCUGAGUUCAAGUGUCUUCAAAGCCCAUGACACCUUUGGUAAAGGCUGUUCUCCAACUGGAGCGCUCGCAGGCCAGCGUUUCCCAGUUGUCGAUGUUUAUACUACAUUUUUUUAGAUUUGCCUUGAGCGAGUGUUUAAACCUCUUGUGUGCUAUUUCUAUGUUGUAGACAGCAUGCUGGGAAUCAACAAGUGGGGAGAGUGCUUUUGGGCUCGUGUCCUCCUUGUUGGCGCCCCAUAGGCAUCUAGAUCCUAGAUGAGCUAGAUGCCGGACUAGAUGAGCCUUUGGUUGCAUCCUGAAGGGUCGUCUUAUGAUAUUAAAAAACAGGUUCCUGGGGCCGUGAUUCCCAGCAGAGGAGGCACAGUGCUCACCCUCAUAAGUUGCACCAUCUAGAACCCUGGGUGGGGUCAAGGGUGCUUGUGGGUGCAGCUCUGAUUGUAAAAAGCCGUCAUUGGCAAAAGGGUUAAGUGUGCUUGCCCUGCUUCUCUUUCACGCAGAAUCACUGGCUCCUUAGGCUGCCUUUCAUUAAAAAGGGAGCCGUGGGGUUUCCUCUCAUACAUUUGUAUGCACCGUUGCAGUGGCUGUUGUCUACAAUCGAUAAAAAUCUGGCCCAACUGCAUGAUACUGCGAUGUGCCUCUCAAUCUCCUGGGCUGCUUUAAUAAUUGCGUCUUAAGAGCACAUGCAAACAUCAUACUGGUGACGUGUAUGCCAGUGCCUCACACAUCAAAUCCAAGUCAAAGCAAACCCAGACUGUUUCUGUGAUGCUACACGGGACCGUCAUUAACUCCAGACACCGCAUUGAGCUAGAAAGCCCCACCUCGUGUGGUUAGUAAGAAGGAGGCAGGCUGUACUCUGGGCUUCCUAGAUGGAAUUGUCACAUCCCUGACAGAUGAGGCAAACUGAUGACCCAGCAGAAUCCCCCCUCCCUCGCCCCAGGUUAUCCGACUGUCCUCCAGGGGGAUUAAGCCGUUCUGCAAGCAUAGCAGUUUGAGCGGGUCAUCGCUCGUCAGUGGAAAUUGCACUCGAAAUGUAUUAUGCUCAACAGCAGGACUGUGAAAUGCCCUGCCUUUGCAGCUUCUGCCUUUGUGCUCCUGCCUAGUUGGUUUCAGCCGCUUCUAAGUGAAGAAGAUUGAGCUAUAAAACUUGCAAGACCUUGAUCUUUCCCUCCACCCGCUCAACAAUGCGUUGCUUUAGAGACUGCAGAUUGUUGCUGUAGCAUCCAAAGAGCAGUAACAGCUGGUUUUCCUUUUGCAAAUGGUAAAGGGAGGAGGGAACAUCUUAGUUUAACUAUGUAGUAACAUUUCAGAUACUUUUGCAUAAAACCACUUACAAAAACUGUCAUGCAAAAUUAAGAGGAAAACAAGAGUUCCUGGUGUUAUGCUUAACUUUCUAUGAAGAAGGUCAGAAUGCUUGUGUGUAUUAUAAACUGUUCAGACAUUUGGAGCCUGAUACUGAAUUUCAGGAAGGACCGCUACAGGGUAUCUCUCUCUCUCUCUCUCUCUGUUAAAUAUGUAGGGUUGAGUGUUUGAAGUAAGUCUAAGAACUUUAAUUAGGGAUUUAUUUGUCCGUUCUGUGGGCAGCCUCUUCAAGAGAGUGAGAGACGUACAAAUUGAUCUCCUUUCCCCCUCACAUAUUUGGACUCUUCAGUUACUACAAACUUGCCAGUUUAUUUCUUAAAAUAUAAUUGAGCUCCGCUCUGAAAUCAGCACGUUUUGUCUUCUCUAGGUUUGAUGAGUUUGACGAAGCCAUUGACGAAGCCAUAGAGGAUGACAUAAAGGAGGCUGACGGAGGAGGUGUGUCUUAUUGGACAAUGUUAACGGGGAGGAACAUAUGGAUGACUUCAGUAGUGGAUGGCAAUCCUGGUUUUUGGUACAGCAAGCACUAAAUUUAUACCGAGGGACUUGGGUGCUCUCUUGUCACUUCCUGCAAAUGCAUGAAAACCACAUCUGCUACAAAGAACAGAAAUCUUUCUCCCUCUUGUCAGACUUCUCAGCUGGCCGGGAUGUGUCCAAAGAUUAUUUGGACGUAGAUCCCUGCUCUGCUAAGUUCGUUGCUUGUGCUAUUCACUAUCACUCAGCCUGACCUUCCUCACAGGGUUGUUGUGGAUAAAGGUGGUGGUGGAGGGGCCCAUGUAUGCUCUUGGAGGUGGAAGGUAAAAUAAAUAAAUGUCUCAUUCUUGUAUCCCCAGCCUUGUUUAAGCUUUCAGCUUUUCCACAGGGGAGAUAAGACAUGAUCCUCCCUCACCUCAUCUGUCUGCAAACAUGGGAAUUUUCAGUCCUGGUUUGGGUGCUUUUUAUGGAGGGAAGGUUGAUGCUAGCAGCAAGUGAAUAAGUGGAUUCACAGUCACCGUGGUCCUGGUCUCCCGACUGUAGGUGGUGGAAGAGGGAAAGACAUGUCUAACAUCACGGGGCAUCGUGGCAAGGAUAUUUCCACCAUCCUGGAGGAAGAAAGGAAGGAAACCAAGCGACCUCCGAGGGCUGUUGCAGUUCGCCGGAAGAAACGGCGGCGACUGAACGACCUGGACAGCGACAGCAACCUGGAUGAAGAAGAAAGUGAGGAUGAGUUCAGAAUCAGUGACGGGUAAGGCCUGCUCCAAAUUUCGGGUGUGCUCUGUCCCAAGUUGAGCGUUCUUAUUUCAGCAAUUUCAGUUUGAGCUAAGCACUUACAGUGGUACCUCUGGUUACGUACUUAAUUCAUUCCGGGGGUCCGUUCUUAACCUGAAACUAUUCUUAACCUGAAACAUCACUUUAGCUAAUGGGGCCUGCCACUGCACAAUUUCUGUUCUCAUCCUGAAGCAAAGUUCUUAACCCGAGGUACUAUUUCUGGGUUAGCGGAGUCUGUAACGUGAAGUGUAUGUAACCUGAGGUAUCACUGUACUAGCCUCAGUUUGAAAGUGUGGGGCAGUAAAACGUGUUUAGCUUUGGAUCCCAGAAGCACUCUGGAGAUGCAGUCUUGCCAAACACUGAUACUCAGAACUCCCACUUGGAACGACCCUCCCUGUGCUUCUGAUUGCGGGUGGAAGAUCGCUGGUUUGAACGCUUGCCCUGCUUUUGCCUUUGGAAAUCUAGGGUGGGUGUCGCUCUAUGAUGAAUCUUCCAUCUGCACAAGCAUAUCGGCUUGCCAAGUGGAACAAUUCCCUCCUUCUAGGGGUUCUCCUGACCCACCAAACCAAUUUGGGAAGAGAAUGGAAAGCCCCAUUGUGCAAGCAAGAAACUCUCUUGCAGGGUUUCUGCUGACACCGUUUGUUAGGUAUAUCACGCCCCUGGUAGUAGUACAGUAGUGGUAGUUGUUAUUAUUCUUUCUUUCUUUCUUUCUUUCUUUCUUUCUUUCUUUCUACCCCGCCCAUCUGGCUGGGUUUCCCCAGCCACUCUGGGCGGCUUCUAACAAAAGAUAAAAAAUACAUUAAAAUGUUGGAGGAAAAUGCUCUAGUCUGUUCCUCUUACAUGGCAUGGUAGGAAAUAUGCCAUCUCAUACCUGGAUUCUGAAGUGGAGCUCUGCCAGGAGCACUGUAGUACCUGGUAGAUCUGGGCCCUCUCUUUUGGGACCUGGAGCUAGAAUGUAUGUUUGUACUGUUUCGGUCCCGUGAAAUGCAGGUGGUGGGGAACCUUAACAGCAUCUCAAGAUGCUGUUAAGACUUCCAUCAGUCUCAGCCAGCAUAGCUGAUGGUCAUGGACAAUGGGAUUAGUAGUCCAACAACAACUGGAGGGCCACAGGUUCCCCACCUCUGGCUUUUAAACGAUGCUGUCAGAAGCUUUUCUGGUGGGUUAGCUCUGCCUGUGAGGUGCGAGCUUCUUGCACAGAAACUUUCAAUCAGGCCAGGCCCCAGAUGAAUUUUUGAGGUUAGAGUUGUGUGAGGACUUACUGCAUCAGAAAUAGCAUUUUUGAACUGACCUCAAGGGCCUGUCGCUUGAACACACAACCAUUUGAGCAGAGAGAUUGAAUCGUUUUCCACUGGAGCAAUGAAAACCACCUUAGCUAAACCUUUCUUACGUCUACAGUCUCUCAGUUAAAAUGCAGGUCUCAAAGUCGAGCGGGCUUUAUUCCUUUGGCAUCGUUUCAAAGAUCUUUCCAGCUAAUCUCUCCCCCCUGCCCCCCUUAGAUCUCAGGAUGAGUUCGUUGUCUCGGAUGAGAACUUAGACGAAAGCGAAGAGGAUCAACCAUCGAACGACGACAGCGAUGCAGAGUUUUCAAAGCGCAGGCCCAGGCGGCACCACUCCAGGCCGAUGAGGCAAAGCAGGCGGCUACGGAGAAAAACAGCCAAGAAAAGAUACUCUGAAGAGGACGAAGACGAAGAUGAGGACUCUGAGGAGAACGUAAGCGGCGAAUCUGGUAAGUUGGACUCUUUCACUCUUCGUAGCUUGGCGGUUGGCUCAAAGGACUGAGUGUUGGGAAACUAGGCCAGCAACUGGUUUUCCUGGAGGGUCGACCUUCUUGAGAACUGGAUGAGCUGGCUUUCCUCACCUUUGCCUCCUGUAGUGGCCUGCCAGGAAGUCCCGUUGCCACGGAAGCCAUCGUUUUCUUCUUAGCUGGCAGCUGAAGAGCCAGCGGCACUCCUCCGGGCUGGAUUUGCCCUGUGACACACACACACAUCCAGCCGCUUCGCCUGCGAUCUAAAUUGAACCAAUGACGACCUCCUCAUUUGGCGUUUCCUUUUGGAUUGUAUUAUAUGUAAAUGGCUUUGCCACCAACAACUGUUCGGAAGCUUCGGCUGCUAUGGAAAUGCCACAGCUGGAUAGUGGACUGAGAUUGGGCACCCAGGCUACAUCUUGACUAUAAUACACUGGCUUCCUGUCCACUUCUGAGUACAAUUCAAAGUGCUGCUUUUGAUAUCUAUGCGCUAAAUGGCUUGGGACCAAUGCACCUCAACAGCCAUGGGCUCCCAGACCAUUGGAUCUUAAGAGGCCUUUCUCCACCCACCACCCACUGUCUUUGGUGGCCAGAGGGAGGGCAUUCUCUUUGGCAGUACCCCGUCGUUGGAAUUUGCUUACCAGUGAGACUUGCACAGCCCUGGGUUUGUUGUCAUGUUAGCGCUGUCCUUUCUAUUCUCCCCAGGCUUUUCAGUUGUUAAAUGGUGUGGUAUCGCAACAAAGUGCUUCCACUUGUGCAAGAGCUUUGGGCUGCGCAGUGGAACUUCCCCACAGCCUCAUUUGCUUGUGCGGCCCCUAAAUCUGUCCCCCAUCGCUCAGCAGGGGGAGCUGUGUGCAGGGAGAGGAGAGGGAGGAGAAAUUCCAUUGUUGCAAGUGGGAAUCCUUGCGCUAGUCGGAUCCAGCUAAGUUGGAUAUUGCCUUUUGCCUGUUUUGUGUUUUACUCUCCUGCCUCUUGGUUUAUGUGUCUUGUUAAGGACUUUCUCUGCUUUAAAUCUUCCAUUGUUUUAUAUAUUAAUAUCGAUGACUGUCUUUUUAAUUGUUAAGAGAACCCUUUGGGGCUGAAAGGGGAGGGUGCAUGUUAAUUAAAUAUACAUUCAGUUUUUGUGUCUGCAAUAAAACAAAGCUAAUGUCUGUCGUUACUAUAUAUAUGUAUAUAUGUAUAUAUAUAUAUAUAUAUAUAUAUAUAUAUAUAUAUUUCCAGAACAAGGAUGAGCAACAACCAGUUGCUGUAGCAGUUAAAAUGUACUGCUUUGCAACUAAAUUUAAAUUAUGGUAAGCCUCUCUUAAGAAAUAAAAGAGCAAAUAAAAUUGAACUGUUUUAAAAGGAAAUCUGAGUUUAAUGCAGACAUAUGGACCAAAGUCCACACUUACUAAAACCGAAUUAUAAUCCCCAAACCUUGAGUUUGAUGGUCAUAAUUCAACACUUUUAUUUAUGCAAGAAUGAGAACAGUGUGGAAAGAGUGCGCCCCCUGCUGCCCAAGAAGAACUUUGCAACAGAGUCCCAUCUAUUAGCCAAGAAGGAGCAGCUGCAGGGAAAUUUGCUUUGCCACCAGAAAGAACAAACAACUCCCAACCGCUGGUUGCCCUAGGGCUGCAAAGGUGAAGGCAAGCAUGCUCUGGCCUGUGCCGGGAAGCAAAGAGCCGCUUGGAGGUUGCAUCCCCUGCCUUCUAGGAACGACAACAUGGCAAGGCAAGGAGAAGACCUUUCUGGCCCCAUCCAUCAGCCCGCGAAGGAGCAACAGAAGCAGAGAGCUCACUUCUCUCUUCCCUGCUGGAAAGAACUCUCAGCUCUGGUUGCCUUGAGAUAUCCCUUGGCCCAAGGGAGGCUGCUGGGUUUUGUGCAUGUGUGUGUAUUAUUUGUUUGCAUUAUUGCAGUGUGCUGUAAACGGCCUUGAAGAUAAUUCCACCGAAAGGAGGAAUAUCAAUCAUAAUAAAUGAAUAAACAGAUCUGGACUCCCAAAGGUUCAUGUUAUUUCAUAACUUUCUUCUAAGGUGUGCUUGGCACCAGCUACCAUAGGUGGCACAAGGGCAAGGGGGCGAGUGCCCCUUUAAGACAGCACACCCACCCUCCAACUCCAAUAUCUCUUUAUUCCUUUGAGAAAUCUAGCAUGUUGUUCACAUACCUCAUGAAAAGGUGUACAUCAGAACAGGACUGCUCAGACUAGACUGGACUGCUCUAGUGGAAGAGUGAGGGUUUUGGUCUGGUUUGUUAGAGUCUGCGAUCUCAGUCUGCCCUCAGCCCCCACCUGCAUGCCUCUUUACUUACAAGGGAGUGGCGGUUGCUGUCGCCUUCCUCCUCUUCCUCCUGGUUCCUUUCAAAGAACUCAACAAGGGAGGAAACUAGGAUGAGCUGGCUCUGCCUGCCAUUGCUUUGGCACCACCUGCUGUUUGGCUCCCUGCCCUUCCACCGUCCACGUCUCAUGUGCACUUACCACCUCUGCACAAGAUUUUUUUUAAAAAAAAUACCCCGCCCAUCUGGCUGGGUUUCCCCAGCCACUCUGGGCAGCUUCCAACAAAAUAUUAAAAACUCAAUAAAACAUCAGACAUAAAACCUUCCCUAAACAGGGCUGCCUUCAGAUGUCUUCUCAACGUCAGAUAGUUGUUUAUUUCCUUGACAUCUGGUGGGAGGGAGUUCCACAGGGCGGGCGCCACCACCGAUAAGGCCCUCUGCCUGGUUCCCUGUAACUUUGGCUUCUCGCAGGGAGGGAACCACCAGAAGGCCCUCGGAGCUGGACCUCAGUGUCUGGGCAGAACAAUGAGGGUGGAGACUCUCCUUCAGGUCUACUGGGCCGAGGCCGUUUAGGGCUUUCAAGGUCAGCACCAACACUUUGAAUUGUGCUCGGAAAUGUUACUGGGAGCCAAUGUAGGUCUUUCAGGACCGUUGUUAUAUGGUCUCGGCGGCCGCUCCCAGUCACCAGUCUAGCUGCCGCAUUCUGGAUUUGUUGCAGUUUCCGGGUCACCUUCAAAGGUAGCCCCACGUAGAACGCAUUGCAGUAGUCCAAGCAGGAGAUAACUAGAGCAUGCACCACUCUGUAAGAGGCUGGAAAUGCCUUGUGGAUCAUUUACUUUGGACCUGUUGAACCUCUGGGUGGGAUGCAGCAAGAGGCUUGUUCUGCAACCUUCCAGAACACUCUUGCAACCCUACCUGUUUCAAAUGGACAUUCCGUCCUCUCUGUUUGGUGUUACACUUGGAGUCAUAAAAUCAGAUUGCAAAGGAGAGACCUGUUAGGUGGAUACCACUAGAGACAAAGCAACAUAUAAUAUAUAUGGAUUCAUACCCUGUUUCCCCUCCUGCCAACCUAGAAGUUCGAAAGGACGAAGUGCAAGUAGAUAAAUAGAUACUGCUCCGGCCGGAAGGUAAACGGCGUUUCUGUGUACUGCUCUGGUUCGCCAGAAGGGCUUAGUCAUGCUGGCCACAUGACCCGGAAGCUGUACGCCGGCUCCCUCGGCCAAUAAAGCGAGAUGAGCACCGCAGCCCCAGAGUCGUCCAUGACUGGACCUAAUGGUCAGGGGUUCCUUUACCUUUUACCCUGUUACCCAGCAUGACUCCCCAAAUGUCAACCUGUCAGUCUGAAGAAGGUUGCCCUCAACAAGCCCUUCUGACUUCCAGGGGAAGGAUGCAGAAACUAAAUUUCCCUGGGAAUAAUAAUAAUAAUAAUAAUAUUGGAAUGCAGCCAAAUUGAGUCACCUGCCUGCCAGUUGUUGUUGCCUAUUGGAAAGUUUCUUAAAGAGCGUUUUAAGAUGGGAAUCAAAUGGGAAGGCUGGAGCUGCCCUGAAGCAUUUCACUGGGAAAACCAGACGUGUUGUGAAUAUGACAGGAUGUUGCGGUUCGCAGACUAAAUUUGCACGGUUCCUUCUCUCCUUAAACCCCACCCCCUCUCCCUUGCACAGAAACAGAGGCUUCUUCAGAAUACAGCGACGAAGACUACCUGGAAACGCGGCGGAGGAGAUCUCGGCGCAAUCAGAAGAGGCAAGUCAACUACAAAGAGGAUUCUGAAAGCGACGGCUCUCAGAAGACCUUCCGAUACGGGAAAGAGCUCAGAAGGAUCCACAAGCGCAGGCUUUCCAGCUCGGACAGCGAAGGUAAAAUAAAAGGGUUGCCUUGUAGUACAAAUUUAGUAGAGCUUUUUACCCCCACAGAGAGGGAGAGAGCUGAGCCCAAAGGCCAGGUUGAAGAGGCACGUUUUCGCUGGGUGCCUAAAGGUAUAUAAUGAAGGCGCCAGGGGAACAUCCCUGGGGAGCGCAUUCCAGAGACAGGGAGCCACUGCAGAGAAGGCCCCGUUCUUGUGUUGCCACCCUCUGGACCUCUCGUGGAGGAGGCACAGAAAGAAGGGCCUCAGAAGGUGAUCUCAGGGUCUGGUUAGGUUUCUAUGGGGAGAAACAGUGCUUGAGGUAUUCUUCAGAAGGGCUCCCUUCUGAACAAGCAAGCUUAGCAUCGUGUUUUCAUGUGGCCUUAGUAGCCAAAAUAUUGAUCCAGGUGUUUGAUGUGGGCCCUUCAGAAGUGUAAAGGUGAGGAAGAGCUUAAGAGUUUUGAACUUCUGAGUAUAGCAAAGAUUGAGAACUAGUAAAGUCUCUAGCCGAUGUUUGGGGCUACAACUCCCAUCCACUGCAGCCAGCACUGAAACCAUGCAAUGGUCGAUCCUGCGUAUUCAUACCAAACACCGCCUUUGUAAAUAACGAAUGUAUUGAGUCUCAUUUUUAAAGGAGAUUUGAGAGAGCUACAGAAGGGAGAUUCGGGGGCAGGUUUUAAGGGAAAAGGGACACGGGUGGCGCUGUGGGUUAAACCACUGAGCCUCUUGGGCUUGCCGAUCAGAAGGUCGGCGGUUCGAAUCCCCGUGAUGGGGUGAGCUCCCGUUGCUCGAUCCCUGCUCCUGCCAACCUAGCAGUUCGAAAGCACGUCAAAGUGCAAGUAGAUAAAUAGGUACCGCUCUGGCGGGAAGGUAAACGGCGUUUCCGUGCGCUGCUCUGGUUCGCCAGAAGCAGCUUAGUCAUGCUGGCCACAUGACCCGGAAGCUGUACGCCGGCUCCCUCGGCCAAUAAAGCAAGAUGAGCGCCGCAACCCCAGAGUCAGUCACGACUGGACCUAAUGAUCAGGGGUCCUUUAAGGGAAAGGGGCAUGGGGUGUAUGUUAAAAGUACCAGUGCUCCCCCAUCAAAUGGAUGCCAUAGAAACACAUGGAGGGUGGUUUAACUAUUAAACUGCACCAUUGAUAGGAGCCCGCCAGUCUUCUGUGUUGCAGUUUUUAUUUUCUGGUGGAAGCCCGCUUCCUUCCGGUUCAAGCAGCUUGCAUGCGGAGCGUUCUGUGUAACCACAGGAGAGCGAUGAUAGCUGUUGCAUGCCUUCAGAUUUUGCUAACGGCUUUAAGUCUGAUGCUUGUUCCAGAGAGCUAUGUGUCUAAGAACUCUGAAGACGAUAAACCCACCCAGGUGUCAAAGAGAUCCCUUCGGAAGCGCAGCCACAGCACGGACGAGUACUCGGAGGACGAGGACGGGGACAAGGAGGAGCGGCCUGUCCGGAAGCGGCUGAAUCGCAUCGAGACAGACGACGACGACAACUGCAGCAGCGCCAGCGAGGAGGCAAGCAAGCCCGUGCCUGCCGCCAGGCCUUCGGCAACCCACGGCCCGCAAGACGUCACCAAGAAGCCCUACCGGAUAGAAAGCGACGACGAGGAUGACUUUGAUAACGUUGGGAAGGUCGAAAGCCCGUUGGACUACAGCCUGGUGGACUUGCCGUCCACCAACGGACAGAGUCCUGGGAAAACCAUUGAGAACUUGAUUGGCAAGCCCAGCGAGAAAGCUCCCGCCCCCAAGGACAGCACAGCCAAUGCCAACUUGGCACCCAACGGGACGAGUGGCGGCCAGGAGGCAGGAGGACCAGAAGAAGACGAGGACGAACUUUUGCGAGUGACUGACCUUGUUGAUUACGUCUGUAACAGUGAACAGUUAUAAGACUUCCAUUUUUGUGCUAAUUUAUUCCACGGUAGCUCAUACCAGUGGGCCGGUUAUUAAAAGGUGUUUUAUUUUUCCUAGAAAACUCUCCACUACAGUAUCACUUUUUAGCAGUCAAAAAUUUCACCAGUCCUGCAGUUUGGGGUUAUUUUUUUUCUCUCCCCCCCCCUUCAACCCCCGGUGAAGUGACCAGUCGUCGUUUUCUCGGAACUCUCUCCUCCCCCUUUUUUUGUGGUGGAAAUGAUUACUAUAAUUUCCCUAUUCUGAUUUGCUGCCUCCUCCACCUUUCACCCACUACCGCAGUCCAGGUUAACUUCAUCCACAUGCAAACCUUGUAGUAAAUGAGAGAUUUGUAUAUUUUUGACUUUAUAUUUACUGAGUGCACACAGAUUGGGGUGGGUGGGGAGGCUGAAAGAAAGCAUUCCAAGUUGGUCAGGGCCCAAAAUCUGAACUGUGGUGGGAUGGAGGGGGUGGGAGCCAGGGGGGAUGUCGGGGGUACAGAAGCACUUGUACUCAAACUUUUUCAUAGGAGAUAUAUAUUCUAUUUAAAUGUUCACAACUUAGAAUACAAUUUAACAUGCAGUUUUAAGGGGGAGGGGGGCGAAAUCUUUACUGUUGCAUUUUGUGACUUGUGGGUUAACUUGCCAUAGUUCCUUUUAGUAAAUCACUUUCCCGAAAAACAACCUUGGUUAGAGAGAGAGGUCGAGGAAGAAAAAGCUCUCACAUAAUCAUUUGAUUCAAAGCUUCCCCAACCCAUCAUAAUUUAACUUUUUAAAGUGUUUUGUACAGUAAAAAGUGUAAAGCUAUAUAACGAGCUUUUGACAAUUUGGAGCCAUGCUAGCAGUGAGUUGAUAACAAGGCUCUUCUUUUUAAUGCGUUAAAUCUGCCUGAUGGUCUCCGCGUAGGAUAACCUCUUGGGAGGAGAUGCAGUUUUUGCUGUGAACAAAUGACGGGGCUCCUGUAAAGAGAUAACUGGCCGCUUUUAAAAACCCUUUCUGUGCUCUUAGUAUCUACUUCAAAUUGAAGUACGCAAAUGAAGCAGUUUUUCUUCUGGGAGGCUGUACGUGUGUGUGUGUGUGUGUGUGUGUGUGUGUAAGAUUAAUUUUACUUAUCAGUCUGGAUGUUCUAGCAGAUUUUGACAGUAGUUAACUGGCCUAUAGGCUCCUUCGUGUUUUUAAUAUGCAUUUUAAUAGUUGCCGCGUGACCAACUGAUUUCUAAAGCAGGACAUUUCUGGGGGAAAUGCAUGGACCUCCCCUUCCCUGCAAGAAACUCCUGCUGUUGGAACUUGGGCAACAUAACUCUGGGUGUGAGUUUCUCUGCCCAUUUUAUAGCCAGUCAAACAAGAAUACGACUGGCCACGGUGUUUGCCGCUUCAUUCUUUCAGGUGUGUGUCAGGCUCUAUUCUGUUCCCUUGUCUUGUGCUUCUUUUUCUUUCUACACGAUUUUUCACACAGGUGGUUGGAAGAAUACUCUGCAAAGCUUUGAAAUCCAAAACGGCCAUUUUACUCUGGUUUUUCCCCCCCUCCUCCCCCUCAAAGCAGGGUUUUGUACUUUAUUCUGGUGCUGGGUCCAUUGCUGGCAAUGGCUGCACCAGUCUUGCUGUGGGCAUUGAGUUGACAGCUCUUCUUCCCUUGAAUUUUUUUUUUUUAGGCGUUCGUCUGUAGAUGAGCACUUCCGUGUUGUUUGUUUGUCUGUUCCAUUGUGAUUUUAACCGUGGCAUUAGGCCUGUGUAAAAUACCUCGCACGAAAACCUUGGCAUCCCCAGUUUUAUUUUUUUUAUGGCCUUUAAUUCAUCCUUGGUUCUCUCUUGUCUCUCCCCUCCCCCUGCUCCCGAUAGCCGCUCUCUGUACAUGAUAGCGACUCCGCCAAUUGUAUUCUAGCAAUGUGUAUCUUCCACCCUUAGAUUUCUAGAGCCCUCGAACCUUAAGAAAAAUACUAGCUUCCCCAAGCGGUGUUUUAUGUAGUUAACAAAGCAAAGCCUCCCAGGUUGUAUCGCGUUACUUUGUUAGCAGCCAUCUAUUUGAAUAAGAGAAUAAAGUUAAAAAGCCGCACAAACGCCGAAAUCGUUCUUUAAACUGGUCCGUCGUCAUUUCCUUCUGCUUGAGCACAGCACCUUUUCGCUCUCUGGGUUUGCAGCAGAGCAGCCCACGGUCGUUAAAAUUCCUCAGCUAAUGCAAUUUCAUGUAUUAUUAUUUUUUAAAAUAAUUUUAGAAGAUGCAGGACCUUGAAAACGUCUUCUCUUUCCCAAGAAGCAAGCAAAUAGUCUGCACCUGCGCUCAGAAAAAGCAAAAUGUACAUUCCCAGUUCUGUUUGGCGAUUAAAUUUUUAGAUGCCAUAUGGCUGGGAAGAUCACCAGCAUUUAACUGCCCGUUGACUGGCUCACACAUGACUCAAGAUGCAGACAGAGGGUAGCUUGAACCUCCUUUUUCACUAGUGUGAACUGGCGUGCUAUGUGAGAUCUCUUCUCCUCACUCCUGAUGGCCUGACGUUUGCCUUGCUAUUAGGAGUUAUGUAAGGAGACGUCUCUGGUAGAGCAUUUGCAACUGUUCACACUGGGGAGUAGGAAAGAGAAUAUUGGAUCCCCCUUUUUUUCAGGAUAAAACUUCUGAGGUGCACAAGGGUACUUGACCCCGGGUCCAUCUCAGAAGUCUGUGGGGGCAGGAUGAAGCCCUGGCCUACCCAUUCCCAAUUGCACAUGUGUCUUUUCUCAGAAAAGGACGCCUGCUAGCCUUCCUACCUUGCCAUUUUCACUGACCUUUAAGAGUGCCGUGUGUGUACCUGCAGCUUCUUGAAAACAGAAGCCUCCUCAAGGAGCUCCUUCAUCUUAUACUUGCACUGUGGUGCUCUAGUUCUCGUCUAACCAAGCCAGAGACAUCAUUUGGGUGUUUGGCACCAUCACCUCUCCAGCCCUGGUGGGUAUUAAGUGCUUGGCCAGUAACGUGUAAUGGGCAUUUGUGGCAUAGAAGCAACUUUGAGCUGUUUAGCAGUCAAACAGGACGAAGGGAACUAGCUGAAAGCUUGGCUUGUGGUGGCUUUGCCGAAUGGACUUCAGGAGUUGUGUUUGAGAGAAUUGUUCAGAACUCCACCAGGAACCCCUGGAAGCAAGAGCAUCGGUUAUUGAUUUAAGUUUGCAGCGUUAGUGCUUCUGAUGUUGGCAAUAGUUGGAGGUGUCAAACUAGAAAGGCAUGCAGAAGGCUUGCAAGUAGGACAGUAGAAUUGCCCUGGAAGAAAGGAGAUUGUUGGAUAUGUAGUGUUUGUGUUGUAUAAGGCACAUUUGAUGCAAAUAAAUUCUGGUAGAGUCUCUUGAAAAGGACUUCUGCUUGUUGGCUAUUAAUUUAGGAAGUUAUUCUAGCAUAAAGUGCUAGAGCUAAUCUUGGUGAUCGCAUUGACUUGGGUCUGAUGCCCUCCAGUGAAAAUCAGGACCAAGUAGACUUGGUCUUCUUUGAGCCAAUCAGAGCAUGGACUUGUUCCCUCUUCUGUCUCCAUUUUUCAGAUUCUUGCCAAAAGCAAAGUGACAACUCCCCUCCCCAUCUGUCUCGUUUUAGGGAACAGCUUUUGGCUGGAGUCAUAGGAUGGCAGUCAGUUGAGUUUUACUUGGAGUAGACCCAUUGAAAUGAGUGAACAUGACUAACUUGGGCCCGUCAGUUUCGAUAGGUCUGCUGGUUGAAUGCCAUCCAUAGUCUUUCUGUUGCCUGGCCUCGUCCAGUUGUCAGACCGUACUCAUGGCUUUCGAGUAGAAGACGGCCUCUCUCUUUCCACGCAGCUGCGUUGUUGGAAGACUUGAGCAGCCCUCAUGAGGCAAGCAGUGAAUUGAGAAUGAAAGAUGCCCCAAUGGACAUAGAUUGAACCGUAGAUUCCACUGUUCUGCAGCAUUGUGAGUUUUUAGUAAGAAGGUGAGAGAGCAAGCUCCACGCAGCUUUGUGUAACAGAGAGGGUACAGUAAAACACUCAUUUGACUUCCACGCCAACUAAAGUUUCCACGGUAAACAUUUUUAUAGUGACUAAUGUGGCAGGCAAAUGGUGCAUGGCUGCAGGAUUGAGUUCCCUAAGAUGCUAGGAAGGCCACCUUGUUAUGCUUUUUGUAAUUUUAUCUCGGCUAAGUUUCGUUUCUUGGACUGCCAUUGGUGGACAAACGGUUAUCUAAUUUAUCUCUCUAACUUAGUGUGAAAAGCUGAAAUAUAGAUCUUAAAGGCAUAUUUGUCCAAAGUCUGGUUCAUAAUUGUUUUAAAGAAUUAAUCAUUCAAGUAACAGUGGUCACUGGAAGGCCAGUAAUUUGAAAGUCAAGUCGUGCUACUUUUUUAAGGAGAUAUUUUGUGUUACUCCGUUGCAUUAACACUAUUCACUAUGCACAGAUGUGUGUGUUACUGUGUUAACAGUAAUGUUAUACAUGAAACACCCUUCGUAUGUUUUGCUAAUUCUUUAGGAAGUGAUUCAUUCUAGUUGAAUUUGGAAAAGGCAGUCCUAGUAGUGUCGCCCCACACCCAAUCUGAAGAUCAGAAAUAUUUCCUCACAAAUAAAUUCACUUUAAAUUGACAGGGAUGCACAUAUCCUGUACGUGUGCAUGUUUUCUUGGAAGCAAAUCCCACUGAGUUAAAGUGGGACUUAAUCACAAAUCAGUGUGCAUAGGAUUGCAGAAUAACUUACUGGUAAAUAAUCAUUAUCGAUUUAAGAUCUGUUUCAUUUACCUUUUCAACGGGACCUGCAAAGCAGGAAUGGGAACUUUCUCCCAGUAUAUUGAUUGAAACCCUUCUUAAACUCCUAAAUUUAUGCUUCCCUUUGGGAAGAGACCAGAGGAUUCAAAAUGUUUGGAAAGCUCUUCAGAGUUUACAUUAUGCCACACCUCACAGCUGAUGCAUUACGUUCUGUAGCUUGUUGAGCAGAUUUUGAUGGUCUCCCUUUAAGGUUUGCCUUUUCGUCCGGCCGUUUGUGGGCUCGUUUUUACGUUUGGGUGGACGUACCUCCCUCCCAAAUUAGUGUGCAAUCUCACUUCCUCCGUGGAGACGUUCAGCACCACAAGCGCUCUCUAUUCUGCACUCGCAGUUUCCAUCCCAGUUUUAUCCCUUCUCCUUGAAUAGACUGAACCUGUAGUACAUAAGUACCGGGGGGGGGGGGGGAGAGGGAAAUAGAGAAUGGUAGGGAGCCCCAAUUCCAGCCCCUUAAACCUGUUGCCCCCAGAUCAUUGCUAGCUGAACCAGUAUCCCAAGUCCUGUUUGAUCUAAUGCACAAUGUAAAUGAUGGAGACAUUCCCACUUGUAAUCAUGGAACCAUAAAUACGUUUUGUUUUGCAAACGUAAGCAAGGCAGCGGAAGGAGGAAGCAGAGGUUUGCAAAGGCCAGGGAACUUGGUGUGUGUGUCUCAGCUUUGAAUCGCUGCCGAUUGAAUGCUGCUAUAUCCAUUGACUGGGAUUUGAUUGGGGAUGCCUGGCAGAAAUAAUAUUCUAGCCUUGUUAUGGUGGCGGACUUGUUGCAAGGCCCUGGGUACUGUCCAUUCAAAUACGUGGUGUGCAGGUUUUCGGCUUGGGAAAUGCUUCUGAGACUUUAAAAUGGGGAUGACUCUAUGCUUGGGGGGGUGGGUGGGUGUGUGGGUGUGCGCGCGCGCUUAUAUAGAUAUAUCUACCCAUACAGAUGUGCGUGCACACACACAAAGAAAGGGCAGCAGACACACAGCCCCGAUUAAACAGAAGUCACUGAUCCAGAUGUUAAAGGGCUUUUCCCUGCCUCCCAGCUAAAAAUAUGAAUGUUACCAAACAAUAGGCAUGUCAUAUUGCUACCCUGCGUAAAGUGUUGCCCUGCAAACCGUAUUGUUAAACUGAACAUGAGAAAUCUGUAGAGUGUGUGUGUGAUUUCUCAGGUACUAUAUGUGUGUCUUUUAAAUUGUUGUACGCCUGUGUCACAGUUUUAAUAUCUGUGUGUGGGCAAAUUUGACUGAAUACAUGUUCAGGUGUCAGUGAGGUUUCAAUGCUUAGCCAUGGUUUCUUGGGAAAACCUAGAAAUGGAUGUUUUGAUCUACUCCCCUCCCUAAAAAUCAUGUCUGGGGUGCAGCUCUGCUACUAUGAAGCAAGCAGAGUUUAAUAAGUCAUCUUUAAACAUGUGCAAGUUUAAGGGAAGCUACCCAAAGGAAUUGUGGCUUGGGCCCGUCCCUAAAGUGAGGCAGAAGGAGGCGACAAAAACCUGGACUUGUACCACCUGAGAGACGGCAUGCAAGCGAGAUGAUUUUUAAAGGUUUUCCUACAUAACAAGCACCCUCUGCAGAGUAAAUGUGCAUCCCUGCACUUUUUUGUUUUUAGGAUGAAGGAACGUUCAGAACUCUUACCCAUCGCAUGCAGUCUGAAGUGGUGCAGUCCAGAAUUCUGCCAGCUUAAUUCUGCAUAAUUUCAGAACAUCUCUUGACUUCUUCCAAAUCUACGCGGUCGGUUAAAAAACCUUUUAAAGGAUCUGAGUCUCCCCUCCACCAGUCCUCAAUGUGUUAAAGGCAUACUGACAAUUGGAUGCCCUUAAUAAACUAAUUUAGUAUUGUGUGGUGGGAAAAUGUUUGCCUCAGUAGGAGUAAUAAUCUUUCUUUCUUUCUUUCUUUCUUUCUUUCUUUCUUUCUUUCUUUCUUUCUUUCUUUCUUUCUUUCCUUCCUUCCUUCCUUCCUUCCUUCCUUCCUUCCUUCCUUCCUUCCUUCCUUCUCCCACCUUAAAACUUUGCGACCUAUCCAGCAUAAAUGGCAUACUCUAUCCUCUUUUGAUUUCAACAGGGGAGUGUUCAGGACGGAUGUAACUAUUACAUUGAACUUUUGCUUGGCUUGAUUAUGUCAGCCCUUCAAACAAAAUCGCCAGUAAACAGCUGCCUUUAGUCUAAACUUAAAAUAGCACUGUUUGGAAUGUUUCAUAAAUUGCAUACAAUUGAAACAGGGCUUUGGGUGGUGUGAAGCAGAGCAGCCGAAGAUUGGGAUUUCUGCAAUGCCGUGUGUAUGUGAAAGAUUUAAAGGCCUAAUUAAAGCUGUGCAACAAGAGAAGAUCUUAGCAGUUCCUUGAUUUGCGAAAUCCAAGCUAGCAAUUCUGGGGAAUUCUACGUGGGUUUUCUUACUUGUUAGAUGGAAAUUUCUCUCUUUUGAGCAACUGCUGUUGGGAUAAUGGGUUUUGUUCAUGUGCUGUGGCGAGGGGGCCUUUAGGAACACUACCAUUCCCCUAUAUUAAACAGCAAACCUGCAUUCCCUAGCCAGAAACUUGUUGUUUUGUAUGCUGUAUAUUUGUGCCUGUUCUUGAUGCAGUCAGAACAGAAAGGGUCAAGCAUUUAAGUGUGCGUCUCUUUCUCUCCCACCCGCAAUGCCCAGCAUUGUGAGCAAGAGUUAAUUUUCAUACCCCUUCUUAGUUACAGCCAGAGAAAUAUCACCCCAUGCUUGUGUAGGUGUUGCCCAGAUUUGUGCACUUGCCCAAUGUUCCCAUUCUUCCUCCUGUUCCUAGAAUUUAAGUUCACUUUUUUAAAAUAUGAAAUCACCAUCUUGUCUGGAAUUACGUUCUAUUUUGACAGUCAAGAUCUGCUGAAAUAUUUGGUCAGUCCAUAACCCUUACAUCAAGUUUCGUGAUCCUCCUGUACGCAGUCUCCCUCUCCUCUCCUCUCCUCUCCUCUCCUCACCCAGCCCAAUUUAAUCUAGUGAGCCAUUUCAUUUAAGUCAGUUGACAGUCAGUGCCCGGUCAGGGUAGGGGAGCCUGUGCUGUGUUUUGUCGGCUCCUCCAGGGACUUCAGCAGUAGUGACGAAAUGCAAAAUUCCCGAGAGAGAUCAAGCUAGGAACACAGGUAACACGUACCUGCAAGGAUAUCCUGCACAGAAUAGCAGGUGUUUGGCUCCCUGGGUGAAUUCAGGUAUAUACCAUGAGCUGGGUUCUGCCUGCGUGCCUUUGCCCGCUUGUGUACGUGUUUGCUUGUACUUGAUCGCACUUCCUGCGUUGUCAAGUUUCACGGAGGAGAGGAAGGGAUGCAUCUUGCAGACUGAUUUUAGUUCUCAAAUGGCAGCGUCCCCGUCUGUAGCUUAACAUUUCAUUCUCUGUUACCAUAAGACAAUUGCAUGCAUUUUUGUGGAUCCUUUCCCCCAGCAAGAUUAUUGGGUACAUAUGGGCAGUGAGGCAGCAUUGGUGGGGCCUCACUCUGGCACACUUUGGCAGACUAACAUCACCACCAAUUUGUUCUAAGGGAGUGAAGUUUCUCCCUUAGACAGGGGACAGGAAGCCUUAGCUGUUGGCUUGUCAUGUAACAGUGAGAGGCAGAUACUUGUUAAUCCUAACCAGGACUAAAGUUUUGACAUGAUAGCAAGGCCAAGCCCCCAUAGAAAUGCUCUGUCUUUUUUUGUUUCCUCUUUUGCUGUGAUACACAAACUUUGCAAAUCUUGUCCGGCAUGUAAUGCAACGUCAAUUAAAGCGUUGCAUCUUUCCCUUGCAUAGAUACGACUUUCGUUUCAGGGGGCGGGCAGCGAGCCGUCAGCCAGUUUCUUAGCUCUGCUCUACAGAAAUUUUCUGCUUUGUUCCACAAGGAAAAGCCAUGUCAGGCAAAAGAUGGCUGGUUGGUGGCAUAGCUUUUGCCUGCUGCUCAUUGUCUUGUACACAGUUCAGUAGAUCUUGUGCAGAUAUCUGCUAGGCCAGGGGUGGAGAACAUCUUGUUGGACACAAAUUCUCAUCUUUGUUUUUCAGCCAGCAUGGCCAGUGGUCAAGGAUUAUGGGAGCUGUAGUCUAGUUGUCUCUGCGGGGCCACCAGUUCCCCAUUAUUGCGCUAGUGAACUGCUGUUUCAAUACUCUUUAUUUUGGGGGCGGGAAAUAAAAUUAAAAACUAGGUGACGUUUUUCAGACAAGUCUUGCAAACUACUCUAUAUUAUUUGUGCUCUGUCUGUACCCCCAGGGGAAGGCGUCUCAUACUUCCCAUGCCUGCACCUUUUCCUUGUGGGGAAAGGCGUGUGCCCCUUUGUACAGUGGAGGAGGUUCAAUUUAUGCAGCCCCCUCUCUUCUUUUGAGGACUUGUACCGAUUGGGCUUCUGCAAAAGUUACAAGGUGUGUGUGGUGGUGCAGCUCACAGGUCUGGCUUGGAGCCAUGUGUGCACUGAUCAGCCUGGCAAAGUAAUUUUCUAGCGCAGGGCCGUUUCAUUGUAUUUUAAAAUUGGAGCUUUCUCAAUCUUGACCUUCGCCAUUGAAUCGGAGCCUCUUUCUUCUUUGCACCCGCCCAGCCCAAAUGCUUACAUCUUUGGUUAAAUGCAAUCUGCCAAGGCUCCUCUCUGAUGUCUCCCUUAAUUUAGCAGAGCUGCACUGAAGCUGAGCAAUGGAGACAGCAACCUUUGGGAGCAGAGAGCAACUCUAGCACUACUGCAUGGCCAGAAUUUUCUCACCUUUAACCUUUUUCCUUCCCACACCCCAUUCACUAUAAAAGUAAUAUUGGUAAAUUUGGGGUGGGGGGUGGGGGACGUGCUUUGGCCAGUCUCUGCUAAAACAAAUUAUUGUACACGGUGUUUAGUAAAAAAAGAGAAAUCAUGAAUUGCUUGCAUUUUGAAAGGACACCGGGGUUUUUAUGUGUGGCCUGUGCAUUUUAAGGCUGCUUCGUGACAAGCUUGCAUAGUUGCUGCAGAAGUUGACGCCUCUUUGUUUGGUCUGAGAAGACAGAUCAGGAAGUGCAUUUUCCAGCCCAGUGCAUUAUUGGCAGAAUCUGCUGUGCGCUUGAGAAGUGAUGGUGCACGUGUAUUUUCCCUUGCGAAGAUCAUUUCCAUGCUUUUUGUUCCUUUAAAGAAUGUUGCAUUUAAGUGGCCAUUUAGAGGGGGAAGUGAAUACCUUGGGGAAAGAACUGGAAGUGUCUUCAUUGUUGUACAUAAAUCCUGGGUUGCUUUCUCUCUUUCCUCUUUCCGUUUCCAACUCCCCCCCCCCCAAAAAAAACCCCCAGUAAACUCACUUGCAUGGAAAACUUAACUUGAAAUGGAGAGUCCCCCGUGCCCUCAACGCUCAAAAGUGGUUAACUGCAGUUGACUAACAGCUGGUGUUUUUAGCUUUGCAGUACAUGACUGUUUAAAUACUGUAUUCCUUGUAAAUGAAGUUUAAAAAAAAAAUGUUACGGCUGGUGCCAAUAUUUUUGUUAUUGAAAUGUUCAAUGUCGUCUCACUACGGUCUGGUCAGAGCUCUUUGUGUAUAAGCCGGGCCUGCAGCCUUUUUCUAGCUCGGAGGCCUAAUUGUGUAACUUUUUUUUUCUUUCAUAAUGUUUUUGUUUUGUUUAUAAUAUCUACUGUCAUUUCUUUCAUAUAAAUAUGACAUGUAAAUUGUCAUAAUAAAAAAAAUCCAUUUAAAUAAGUUGACGUACAGAUAAAGUGUGAGAGAAGCCGCGCAUUCCUUUGUCAUGGCAUCCUGGAAGAUGGCAGGUACCACGAGAACAACCGUUAAAUCAGUAAUUUUACUCCAGAGGACAGAUUGAUAAAUGGCUUUUGAAAAUCAAAAUCAAGAGAGCUGAACAGAGAUCAACAGAAAGACGUC